ACGGCCGCCUCGGCUGUGCGCGGGGCAGGAGGCGGCAUGGCUGCCCCGGCGGGGUCGGCCUGUCCGACGGCGCCGCGCUUCGCGGUGCAGCUGCGGCUGGUGAGCGAGGAGCAGCUGGCGCAGGGGCCGCUCCUGCUCCGCGCCGGGGCCAAGGCGCUCCGCCUGCAGCUGCAGCCCCGAGACGGAGAAGCCGAGCUGGCCGUGACCGACGGUGAAGUAGCGUCGCGGAGGGGCGCGGAAGGGCGCGCGGGGAGGGAAGGAAGGGCUGCAGCAGGGCCAGCCGCGCGUCCCCCCGAGGCACCGGCAAGGGCUGCCUCGCGGGUCACGUCCGAAAGGCUCUCGGAGAAAUCAAACGCGUGUCUGGUCUUGGGGGCGGGGGGAGCCGUUCACACGUUACGCUUUUCCCGUGGAAUGGGCAGUUGGCCAGGAGGAGGAUGAGCUGAGCUCGCACCCGCGGAGUUGCGUCUUCACUCCGGGAAGCUGGGAGGCAGGAGAAGGAAGGGGAGAGCGAAGGAGAGGCAGACUCUCCCCGGAAGCCCUGCUCUGCCAUCCCGAAUCGGAGAGGGUCCCUCUGCGUUUUGUAACUCCCGGGGACUGAAGGGCAGUCUGCCCAUGCUCAGAGUUAGCUAGGUGAUCUCCGGUGAUCUCUUUGCAGUUCUGGCAAAUGGUUUAAUGUGUUGGAAGCCACCCUGAGUCAGAUAGGCAGCAUAUAAAUUAUUAUUAUUAUUAUUAUUAUUAUUAUUAUUAUUAUUAUCUGACUGAAUGGCAUUACACAAAUGUGCAGGGUUAAAGGAGUCUGUUUGUGGAGCUCCGUCGUGCAGAAUGUUCAAAGCUUAGUGAGUCCUCACUUGGCUUAAACCCCUCCUGCAGAAGGAUUCCUGCCUGAGUUCUGACAUUGAACAGAGAGCUUCUGUCCGAGAUGGAGGACUUGCACUUGAUUACUCCUGCAUUAAGGAGGCACCUAUCUUAACUGCAUUUUAAAAAGUGAACAAAUAGAGCAGUCACAGCAGCUUGGAACAAGAGGAGCACCUGCUUUUGCCUGCUGCAAAGCGGGAGAGAAGGGCAGGGGAAAGGAAAGGGCAGGCAGCCCAGCCCAAGGAGACUCCGCUGGGGGCUUUUUCCUGGCCAUCAUGGCUUGCUAAGGAUGCCCUGCCUUCUUGACUAGCCAGGAACAGAAGAGAGCAGCUGAAUGAGGCCAAAGGUCCACCUAGUUCUGCAUUCUGGUCUCACAGUGGCCAGCCAGUUACUCCUGGGAAGCCCAUAAGCAAGCUUUGAGCUCAAGUGUGUAGGCCUUGGUGGUGGGUGGGCUGUGGAAGGACCCCUGGGGGGAGCAGGGGGGGAAGUGCUGUGUUCUAGUCGGUGUCUUAGUUUCUUCUGUCCUCUAGAGAGCUGAGGUUGGUGGAAACACAGAGCAGGGCCUUUUUUGUGGCAGCACCCCAGCUGUGAAUGCCCUACCAAGGCAUUUCCUAGACCAGGCAUCCCCAACCUUCGGCCCUCCAGAUGUUUUGGACUACAGUUCCCAUCAUCCCUGACCACUGGUCCUGUUAGCUAGGGAUCAUGGGAGUUGUAGGCCAAAACAUCUGGAGGGGCGCAGGUUGGGGAUGCCUGUCCUAGACUCUCCCCUACUCUUCCAGGCAGCUUUUACUUGUUUUUAAUAGGUGGAGAUUUGAUUCCAUUCCUCUUGGUCUUAAUAUAAAUGUGUGUGUGUGUGUGUGUGUGUGUGUGUGUGUGGUUCAUGUUCUUUGGUUUGUUGCUUAAUUUUCGUAUUUGUGUUUUAUUUUUUAUUUUCGGCUGCUAAGGCCAAAACGUGGCUUAUGAGUAUAUUUCACGAGUGAAUGAAAGCAACACAGUUUAGAAGAAGCUACUGUGCCUCUUUCUUAGUGUGUUUCCUUUGCUCUGGACUUCAGCUGUCUGGCAGUUAUGGGCCUGAGAACAUUCUGGCACAUGGGGAACCUGGGCUUUCUCCGUUGUCUAGAGCACAGGGCUUUUGUAUUAAGGUACUUUAGUGGGUUAGAGAUAUUUUGUGGAUCUUCUGUUCAUCGUGUCCCAAGUGGCGCUUGAGCAUCAGAGCCAAGGAGCCAAGUGCAGGGGCUGGAAAUGGAGUGGGGGGGGGACCCUCAAAAGGCACACAGGCAGUGGGAGAAACUCCGAUCUAUAAGCUAGGUGCAAAGUGGCUCCUUAAAUCAAGGUUACAGUCGCCAAAAUGGAAUGCCUGGUUGCCGUUUGGAAAGUUGUAUAGGCACCUCCAGACAGGGAGACAUCAGGCACGUCCUGGCGCCUGGGCUUCUUCACUUGGUCGUAAGUGACUGAUAGCCUGGUGAGCUUUGCAAACUGGGUACAUCCCUUACGGCCUGCUUGUAACUAGGCCUGGGCGAUGCAUCGAUGUCCAGGACCGGUCUGAGGCCCAGAGCAGGAUGAAGCCUUCAGCCGGUGGGGCUUGCCUGCUUCCUCCCUGCCCCGGGCACCGGAGGUGGAGGGAGCUGUGGCGGUUUCACCCCAGAGCCUCGCAGGGCCGAUGUUCCUUCCUUUUCAACAUAGUGAUGUAUCACUAUAGCAUGAUGUUUAGCUGGUGAUAUAGUGAUACACCGUUAUUUAAAAGACUGAUAUUGCUCAGCCGUAUUCAUAACUUAGCUCCAUUUGUGGCUCCUCUUGUCCAGAGCGGAUCCUGCUAUGCAAUAGGGUGAAGCGAUCAGAUGGGGGAGGGAAUCCUUUGGUGGUUAAAGGCAGGUAAAGGUAAAGGGACCCCUGACCAUUAGGUCCAGUCGUGACCGACUCUGGGGUUGCGACGCUCAUCUCGCUUUAUUGGCCGAGAGAGCCGGCAUACAGCUUCCGAGUCAUGUGGCCAGCAUGACUAAGCCGCUUCUGGUGAACCAGAGCAGCACACGGAAACGCCGUUUACCUUCCCGCCGGAACAGUACCUAUUUAUCUACUUGUAUGUUGACGUGAUUUCGAACUGCUAGGUUGGCAGGAACAGGUACCGAGCAACGGGAGCUCACCCCGUCGCGGGGAUUCGAACCUCUGACCUUCUGAUCGGCAAGUCCUAGGCUCUGUGGUUUAACCCACAGCUCCACCUGCGUCCCAUAAAGGCAGGUAGGGGUCCCUAAAAGGCGCUGCAAGACUUUCAGAAAGUUUUGGCUCAGGGUGAGGAAAACAGGUUCAGUUCAACUUCAUGCCACAACUUGUCUUUCCCUGGGGCCGGCACUAUCUUCGACUGCUGCUGCUGCUGCUGUGGAAAUCUUUUUGACUUCUGAAAUGUGCGAGAAAUAAAGUAUGUUCCAUUACCAAUAUCAAGAUUGUGCUAAAAAUAUAGCAGAAAUGACAGUAGAUACUCAAAAGCAUUAUUAGGGGAACGUUAGAGGCGUAAAAUAACCAUAUUGAGCUAUACUUGAGUAUACAGCAGGAUAUAAACAUUGCAAAUGAACGGAAUAAUGUUUUAAGAUGUCAGACAUUAAAAGGCAGAAUUUCAGCCAUGUGUGUUGCAUUAUCCUUUUAGUUUGAACAAGAAAAAUAAGCUGCAUGCCCAACACUAGAGCAAUUUUUAUAUGUUGCCAAAGAAGACUGGAUUGUUUUCUAAAAAGAAUUCUUUUUUUCUUUUUUUAAGUUGAUUCCCUACCAGCAUCAUGAUUUGUACAAAACAUUUUAUUAUAUAAAAAAAUUUAAAAUUUCAAAAAUGUGGGAUAAUUUUUGAGAAAUGAUUGCAGGGGGGAUUUGCUUUUUUUUAAAUCCUCUGUAGCGAAGGGGAUAGCAGCCCUGAGCUGUAUUGGAGCAAAGUGCCUUUGGCCAAGGUGGGCUGUUUUUCUGAAGUGCUUAAUGGAGGGCCAAACCUAAUUUUGUGAUCAGUGCAGAUGCUCCCUAAGAAGGGGGCUCUUCUCUGGGCUAAGGAAGAAAGCUGAAAUGUUUUCUGGAUUAUUAUGUGUGUGUGACUUGGGAAGGUUUUCUUCAAAGGUUCUGGAAACGAACCCCCAAGACCUGCUGAUCUAGUCCUUUUCUGCAGAAUCUGCCCCUGGGUGGCAGCCGAAGUGUCUCUCCCCGCCUGGCCUGGAGCGGCUUCUCCUGGGAUGCUGCUCUGAUGCUCAGGAUCCGGCCGUGCGGAUGCCAAAUGCUUUGCCGGCUCUUUCACAGAUGAUGGAAGCAGUGAUCUUACCAGAAAGUGUUUCAGAAAACUUCAGCGCCAGCCUUUCCAGGGCUUUAGGAGAAAACACAGCAGCUGUUUUGUGCUUUUGAGUACUGAAUGUGGAGGGGGAGAAAGAGAAUUUGUGUCUCAGAGGCAAAUAUUGAUCCCGAUGCCGGAGCUCUUGGUUUCGCCUGAAUUCAUAGGAGCCAUGGGAUUCUUCACACAGAUGAAGUCUGUUUUAAAUGGUUGUCGCUGUCAGGUGGAUGAGAUAUUAAUUCGUCUCAAGGGAAAGUUGCGUUGACAAUAAAAGCCGUGAGGAUGAGAUUAAACUAUCCUUUAGCAACAUUAUUUUGAUCACGUUGUAUAUCUGUGUGUUCAGGGACACUCUUGGUGCCAGAUCUGUGACGUCCCUGUGAACGCAUGGCCCUUUACCUUGGGCUGUCCUAGCAGAGCCAGUGAAAAUAAUGGGCAUUUCUAGCUGAGGCUCAUUCAUUUUCCUGGGUCUCCUCUGAGUAGGACUAGCAUUGGCUACAAAAGCUUGUUUGUAGCAUCUGUUUUGUAAUGAAUGUAUCGUUACAUCCUUUUCUUAACGGCCUGUCUGUUAAGAAUCUUCUUUUGAUGCUUCCCAUUUUAAUCUCUGUGCAUUUCCCAUGAAGAAAUAAGCAAUAAAAAUGGAAAUAAAUACAAAACUUCUGCUGGGAAAACCAGAAAAAGUGAACCUUAAGUCAAAAUGGCAGUGCUUUUGCUAAUAUUCCUGCCCAUAUAUAAAGUAUGGUUGUUGUUUAUGAGAAUCUGGUGUAAUUUAUCUGUGCUGCUUUACAAUGUGGGUAUUAAAAUUGUAUUUAUUGCAUUUGAAAUAUUUUAAUAAAAUUGUAAAUUUCUUAGAGAUUUAUUUGAAGUAUGAGGAGGUAUCUAAAUUACCUAAAGUUGUUACAGUACGUGCCACAGUUUUUAACAACAACAAAAGAGAUGCUGGUACUGUAUCCCCUAAAAGAAGCACUGAUUAAUAAUAAUUGUUGUUGUUGUUUGCCCAUCUGACUGGGUUGUCUCAGCAACUCCGGGUGGCUUCCAACAAAUUAAACACAUUAAGCACCCCUGUUGUCCAGCCCAGACAUGGAGUUCCAGCUCAGAGGGUCUUCUGGCGGUUCCCUCCCUGCAAGGAAGUGAAGCCACAGGGAACCAGGCAGAGGGCCUUUCAGUGGUGGCACCUGCCAUGUGAAAUGCCCUCCCAUCAGAGGUCAAGGAAAUAAACAACUUUUAGAAGACAUCUGAAGGCAGCCCUGUAUAGGGAAGUUUUUAACGUGUGAUGUUUUAUUAUGUUUCAGUAUAUGCUGUGAGCCGCCCAGAGUGGCUGGGGAAACCCAGCCAGAAGGGCAAGGUAUAAACAAUAAAAUUAUUAUUAAUUAUUAUUAUUAGCAAGAACAAAACUGUCAUUAAACAGAAUGGAAAUUAUUAUUUUGGCAAUAUUAUUUUGAGUUGUAAUGUUCAGCCUCAUCACUGAUUGCCAACUUAAAACGAUUCAGCCAGCACAUUAAAAGGUAUAUUUCAAUGCAAAAAAUUGAAAUAAUACUAUGUGUUAAGCUGAUGUGCUGGAAUAAAUUCCUUUAUGGGCUAACAUUCUUCAUGUGAGUGUUGUACCAACCCAUCAUAUGAUUAAUUCAAGCAUGUGGCUGGUAAUAGGUGUCUUUCUGCCUACAUAUGGUUCUCUUCUGAAGAAGAAUCACAAUGCCCCUCACUCCCAGUGCAGCAAACACACUGAAAUUAUGUCAGCUGCUGUUUGUUUGUUUUCUGCACAGUUUAAAACACUUUAAAACUGUUUGGAGAAUGGGGGAAGCUAAAUUUGUGAUGGUUACAAAGACCAGCCAAUGCACACUAUGCAAAAAUGGUUUCUGGCGAAGCACAUAAGAAAAAGCAGGCUUCUGAUGUCAGUUGUACGUGGUCUCUUUGCACAGUGAGCUCAUGGCUGAGGCUAUGUUCACAGACUCUGUGUGUGCAAGAGCAAUUAUGACUCGCUCAUUCAGCAUUCAGUUCUCUUAUUUCCAGAAAUUUUAUAUAGGUAUAGCAAAAAGAUCUCCAAGCAAUUUACAAUUAAUUUCAGUGGCAAUAAAAAUGCAAACAACAUUCAGUAAAAUUAUCUUUAAGCGUGGAUAAAAACAAGAUUAAAACCACAGCGUUAUAUCACAAAAGGAAAGGAAAGCUCGUGCCCAGAAAAGCUUAGGUAAACAUAAGUUUUUAAAGGUCAUGCCUGUCUCACCUCCUGAAUUACCCAGAAUGGGGGGCGGGGGGAGCUGUUGGCAAGGUGGUUUAUCACCAUCUGUACACAAAUGUCUGUAUUUGUGAUUAGAUUGUUAGUUUUCCAGGCUAAACAUGUGAAAGUCUUUUAUCUUCAUUGUAUAGUAUAGUAGAAAACUAUAUUUGCUUGUGUCACACAGGACAUGUUCACAUGCAACAUUUUCAUCCUUCGCCGGUGACUUUCCAAAUCAUUCUGCUCAUUCUCUCUCUUUUUUUAAAAAAAUAUUUUUUAUUAGGAAUUUCAACAAAACAUUUUAUCAAAAAACAUAUCCUUAAUUCCCCCCCUAUUUCCCCCCCUCCCCAUAAAGUAACCCCCCCCCCCCAGACUUCCCUCAGCUCCUCUCUCUGGUUUAUCAACAAAUGUUAUUCUCUGCAUGUUACAAAAUUGUAUAGAUCCUUAAUUUAUCUGACUGGCUAUUAUCACUAAAAAGUUUGUGAGUAUUUAUUCAAAACCUGCCAAGGAGCCCAGUUCGUUUUGAUGUUUCUUUAGGUACUUUGUAAAGGGUUCCCAUUCUUCCUUAAAAUCACAGUUGUCCUUAUCAUGUAGUUUAUAUGUCAGUUUUGCCAAUUCCGCUUAGUCCAUCAGUUUCUCUUGCCACAGUUCUUUGGUUGGAACUUCUUCAUUCUUCCAUCCCUGUGCUAUUAAGACUCUUGCUGCCGUUGUCGCAAACAUGAAAAUGUUUUUCAAUUUCCCUGGCAGGUCUUUUCCUACAAUCCCUAACAGAAAGGCUUCGGGGUUUUUUACAAAUGUUAAUUGGAACAUUUUCUUCAAUUCAUUAUAUAUCAUUUCCUAGAAUUUUUUUAAUUUUACAACAAUCCCACCACAUAUGAUAAAAGGUCCCUCCUUUUUCCUUACAUUUCCAACAUAUAUUUGAAGCAGUUUUGUACAUUCUUCCUAUUUGCACUGGUGUUAUGUACCAUCUGUACAUCAUUUUCAUAUAAUUUCCUUUCAACAGAGAGCAAUCUGUUAAUUUCAAGUCAGUUUUCCACAAUCUUUCCCAGUCUUCAACAUUCUGCUCAUUCUCUCUUGAUCCCUUGGCAGGUUUGUUGUUCAGGAUGCUCUAGAAUAACGGUGGGAGCCACUUUCCUCCCAUCCAUGUAAAAUAUACUUUGUAUCCACCAAUUAACAGACUUUUCAUUUGGGGACGGGUGCAGUUAAUAACCGUGGGUGCCUCACUCAGUUUACUGCUAGUUGUUAUAUUUUUACACGGUGUUGUCGUGUUAUCUAGGCUGCUCAUAAUGUGCUGGAUUCAAAACAUAUACCAAGGAAACAAUAGUAACCCCCAGUGAUACAAAACAUUGAAAACAGCUAAUUUUGUGCCAGUAGAAAGCCCACAAGGCAGUUACGUGCCUGAGAGGACCAAAAAGUCUCUGUCUGGCAACUGCAUCCGUACAGGAUUUAUGUAGACACCGGUAACACCUUUCAGUGCAAUAAAACUAAUAAAAUGGGAAAUCCACAGUAGGAAAAUGCAAAUGCUAAGAGCUAGGUGAUAACAUAAGAGAUGCGGGUGGCGCUGUGGGUUAAACCACAGAGCCUAGGACUUGUUGAUCAGAAGGUCGGUGAUUUGAAUCCCCGUGAUGGGGUGAGCUCCCGUUCCUCGGUCCCUGCUCCUGUCAACCUAGCAGUUCGAAAGCACGUCAAAGUGCAAGUAGAUAAAUAGGUACUGCUCUGGCAGGAAGGUAAACGGCGUUUCUGUGCACUGCUCUGGUUCGCCAGAAGCGGCUUUGUCAUGCUGGCCACAUGACCCAGAAGCUGUACGCCGGCUCCCUCAGCCAAUAAAGCGAGAUGAGAGCCGCAACCCCAGAGUCAGUCACGACUGGACCUAAUGGUCAGGGGUUCCUUUACCUUUACCUUUAGGUGAUAACAUAGCAAUUGCAUGAGCACAUAAACAAGGCUUUAGUAAGUGCCCGAAAGCAGUCCAGGGUGGCUGCUUGCCUGACUUCUCCCAGGGCAGAGAAGGCCCUUCCUUUGGGUGUCACCUGAGGGAUGAGUGCAGACUGCAGAGCAACUGAGCAAAGGAUCUCUGCGAACUGGCCAGCCCAGGCAAGAAAGUGCCUUCUCUUGGCUACAUUUAACCAGGUGUUGUCCGAUUAAAGUCAACGAAGCAGCGUCUGCAUAACUGAGCUGUGAAUCUGCUGCAGUGAAAGAAAAUCAAUUUUAGAGCUAUGUGUGGUUGAAUUUAGUCAGACUUCAGGAAGUACCUCAGGUUAAGUACUUAAUUUGUUCCAGAGGUCCGUACUUAACCUGAAACUGUUCUUAACCUGAAGCACCACUUUAGUUAAUGGGGCCUCCUGCUGCUGCCAUGCCACCAGAACACAAUUUCUGUUCUCACCCUGAAGCAAAGUUCUUAACCUGAAGCACUAUUUCUGGGUUAGCGGAGUCUGUAACCUGAAGCGUAUGUAACCUGAAGCGUUUGUAACCCAAGAUAGUUUCCUCUUCUGAUGGUAUAUGAGAAUUGUAGGAGAAAAUAGAUUUUCUUCUUCUUAAAGUAUCAUAAUCUCUUGAAGGGCAUAAACGUGCUUUAAUCUUUAAUAUCAUAAUUAAGAGUAAAUAAAUGUAAGGGUCAACAGAUUCCAUGUGCUUCUGUCUUUGGAGCACAUAUUAAUGUUGGCUGAGAACCUUAUAGUUUCAGAAGAAAAAAAUGAUGUACAGAAGUAGACAAAAUCAGAUAAAGGAAGAUCACUUUCAGAUCCUAUUGAAGGCUUACAUGAAAUUUGAAUAGCAAUACACUCUUAUUUGUGCCGGCUGAGAAGUUCAACAGAGUCCAGUGGGCUUCACUCCCAGGUCCUGCAAUUCUGUGCACAUCAGCCUCGAACAUCAGCCCCACAUAGCAUUCAGUGAGACUUUCCCCAGUAAAUUGUGUAUGCUGGGAUAGCAGCCAUAAAACUCCUAGUUUGUAGCCAACUAGGUUUUACUCAAGAGUAAGGUAAAGGUAAAGGGACCCCUGAGCAUUAGGUCCAGUCGUGGCCGACUCUGGGGUUGCGGCGCUCAUCUUGCUUUAUUGGCCAAGGGAGCCGGCGUACAGCUUCCGGGUCUUGUGGCCAGCAUGGCUAAGCCGCUUCUGGCGAACCAGAGCAGUGCAUGGAAACACCGUUUACCUUCCCGCCAGAGCAGUACCUAUUUAUCUACUUGCAUUUUGACGUGCUUUUGAACUGCUAGGUUGGCAGGAGCAGGGACCGAGCAAUGGGAGCUCACCCCGUCACGGGGAUUCGAACCGCCGACCUUCUGAUCAGCAAGUCCUAGGCUCUGUGGUUUAACCCACAGUGCCACCCGCGUUCCUACUCAAGAGUAGACCCACUGAAAUCAGUGGACCUACAGUAAGUUAGUCUUUUCAGUGGAUCAACUCUGAGUAGGACUAGCAUUGACUAUAGCUCAUCUAAAAUGUUCAUCCUCCUAACCUAAAUGGGAUCACAGGAGAAUGAAAACAUAAUAUGAAAAUCUGGAUGAUAGAACUUUGUCUCUCCUAUACUGGCAAUCUUUUGUCCUGCAGCCUUGUUCUUGCUGCUUGCAUACCAGCUGCUGGUUUUUGCUGCAGAACCAUGCCAAACUUGCCCUGCUGUUGUGCCGCAUUUUAGCGUUUAUUUUCCUGCAUGAAACGGCUUCAUCAUAUUCCUUUGUAAGCAAGAGCUGUGGUGUCUUCAGAUUUUUGCAGCAAGACGUGCUCUUCCUGUCGCUGUUUCCUAUUUUUGGAGAGCUCCUCUAACACGCUUUCUUGCAAAAUAUGCCUAAAGGAAAGUAGGGAUUUGAUGUGUAACCACAGAGUAGAAGUGCAUGUCAAAAUCAUGCUAAUCUAAUAUAAUUGUAUCAUACCACAAACACCAGUUGUGUCUGGCAAAUCAAUCCACUGUUUUCUCUGGGCAGAAGCUUUCAAUCAUUAAAACACCACCAGUGGAGAGUGUUACAAAUUUGCUGCUUCUUUUUGUAUUGUUUGUCAGAAUGUUAUUGUGGAAACUAGGGGAAGAAGCAGCCAGUGACACAAACUGGAUACAUAUUUAAGGUUCAUUUCAAGAUGUACAGUAUGGGGUCAAACUAGGAGAUAUGCAAAUACUUGAUCUAGUCUUAAUUCUUUUAAAAAUAUACCCAGUGAUUGUUGGGCAUGGCAAUUCCGAUUGGGUCAGGAUGCUUUCAUUCUAAAAGCCCCCAACACACACACACACACACACACACACACACACACACACACACUGUUGUGGAUGCAAACAGCACAUUAUUUUUAAAGGCACACAUUUAUUUAACUUAUUUAUACAGUAUUCUGCCUUCCAGGACACACAUCCUUUCAAUGUGGCUUACAAGUGACAUAAAAAUACAUCAGUAAUGUCACAAUAACAAUCUCAAAUAGCAAGUCCUCAAUCUCUCCCCCCCCCCCCCUUGGCCCAUGGUCAGGGAUGAUGGAAGUGGCAGUCCAAUAUCUGGAGAGGCCGAUGUUGGUGACCCCUUGCAAUUCUCUUUUUACAAGGCUGACCAAAGAGCCUCCCCUUACAGAGACAAUGUCUCCAGUUAUCUCAGGGUUAUUAGAGCACUAUGAUCCCUGCCUUACUGGGUGACAACAAUUAAUAACCCUUAUUUCAAGAACAUCGGACAAAUUGUUUCCCUUGAUACCAACUUAGGUGUGUGUCUUUUGCCACUACAGUGGCACCUCAGGUUACAUACGCUUCAGGUUACAGACUCUGCUAACCCGGAAAUAGUACCUCGGGUUAAGAACUUUGCUUCAGGAUGAGAACAGAAAUCGUGCUCCGGCGCAGUGGCAGCAGCAGGAGGCCCCAUUAGCUAAAGUGGUGCUUCAGGUUAAGAACAGUUUCAGGUUAAGAACGGACCUCCGGAAUGAAUUAAGUACUUAACCCGAGGUACCACUGUACUAACUUCAGAUAUGAGUCCCACAUUCCAUGACAAGUACUGGGUACUUGUUUGCCUCUAUCCAAUCUCUUCCUUAUUUUUUAAAAGGUUUGAAUAAUUUUCUUUGCCAUUAUGCCUCAUUUUAGAUUUUCUCCCAUUUUUAAAAUGCGUUGUAAGGAAGGGAAAAAAUGUAAGAGAGAGAGAAGUAAAUGAAGUCAUAGAAUAUAAUGUAUAUGUGUUAAGCUUUUUAUUCUGGUCAUGGUAAAUUCGUCUGUUUAUCCCAUUGUGUUUGUUGUGGAUAUAUAAAAUGAACAAGAAGUUAAACAGACAAACACAUUUUUGAAAGCUACAGUUCUUGCAGCUUGUGAUAUAUCUGACUUGGGGCUUUGCUAUGUCUGGCUGAAAUUUUUGUUCUCUUUUGUUGCCCAUGUGCAUAUGGUAUUUGUUUAACCACAGUUAAGUCUGCUAUAGCACACCUGACAUCUUAAUACAUGGAACCCAGAGGAGAGUAAGAGAAAUAACUGGUUCCUCUUGGAAAAUAAAGUGGAGACAUGUGUAUGGAAGUAUAGAUCUUGCAGAUAAAUCUGUUUUUCAAGUAAACAAGCACAGUCUAGACAGACUUUCAGCAAAGGGAUAAAGAGUUUUCAUUUCAAAUAUCAUUGAGCUGUGAAAGCAAAGUUAGGCACAACUUGUUCCUCAGGAGUUUUUCAUUAAGGUUUUUAUUACACACAAACAUCAGCAUUUAGUAUUAAUAAAAAAAGUGUCAACUUCAGUUUUUAGAAAAUGAAGCUGUGUGUUGUGUGUCUUCUAACCCUCCUGUAAGGAAAGUGAGUACUGUUUUUGCUGAAACAUAUUCUCAAUUUUUGUGGCUGCAAAUAUCCCCCCGAUUUUCUAAUUACUAAAUUUGCAGCAUAGAUCACUGACGCACAAGCGUGUUUAUCCAUUUUAGCCUAUUUGGCAAAUAUUUAUCAGUGCUUUUAUGCGUGUAGCAGAACAACAUCCCCCCAUUAAUAUAUGCCAUUUGCAGUGAAGGAUAUUAAGGUAUUGCAAAUGAUGCCAUUGCACAUUGAAAUAUUUGUUUUAAGCUACUUUUGUGUUUGAAUCUGGUAAAGCUAAUAAAACGGGCAAGCUUUGCUGUCAGGGUGCUGUGCUGGUGGCCUUACCUUGAGACUCAGGCUGCUCUUACUUAUAUUUUCUUUUGCCAUCGGUACAGAUGAGGCCUGGGGCAGAGCAAAUGGAUUAUUCAUUGAACCAUCUGAAGCAGAGCUGUGUUCCUGUUCUAAAAUUCCACCUUCCCCUUUUCUUCGAAUCAUUUUUCUUUUCUUGCCUGAUCAAUGUUUAAUUUUAAAACCAGCAAUGCAUAUUCAUUGCUUUCUUUUAAUCUUGGUCGUCCGACACUGUGCGGCAGGAAGCAGGUGGCACCUGGGGGCCUCUCUGUCGAGUUUAUUACUCCCCACCCCAGCCUUGUAAUGAUUUCCAGUCUCCCACCAGACAUGGUCCAUAGCUCUUACGCUAAAAGGCUUCUGCCAGUUUUCUCCUGUAAAUGAAAGCUCCUUUGGGAGGAAAAGAAGCUCUACUUAUUUAUUGGGGUUAUGCCUUCAUGCAAAGGUUAACAUGUGCGACUCUGACGGCACGCCACAGCGCUUCUUGAAGCCCAGACGCUGCUGGAGUUCUUCCACAUUGGCACCUGACAUCCAGCAGCCAGCCUUGUGUAGGUUGAGCCAAUGUUACAGAUGCAGUUAGAUACAGUGGUGCCUCGCAAGACGAAAAGAAUCCGUUCCGCGAGUCUCUUCGUCUUGCGGUUUUUUUCGUCUUGCGAAGCAAGCCCAUUAGCGGAUUAGCGCUAUUAGCGGCUUAGCGGAUCAGCUGAUAAGCGUCUUAGUGGCUUAACGGAUCAGCUGUUAAGCGGCUUAGCGGAUCAGCUGAUAAGCGGCUUAGCGAUCAGCUGUUAAGCAGCUUAGCGGCUUAGGGAUCAGCUGAUAAGCGGCUUAGCGGCUUGGGAAAAAGGGGGGGGGGAGGAAAAAACCCCCGCAGGAACUCACAAGACAUUUUCGUCUUGCGAAGCAAGCCCAUAGGAAAUUCGUUUUGCGAAGCACCUCCAAAACGGAAAACCCUUUCGUCUAGCGGGUUUUCCGUCUUGCGAGGCAUUCGUCUUGCGGGGCACCACUGUAUUCAUAUUCAGCUAAUGUGUUCACAGGUGGGGUUGGCAGCAGCAUGUCCAGAGCAGAAGCAUUGGCUCCAAAGACCGGCUGGAGAGAUGGUUAGCUGGAGCCUGCCCUACCUGGCCCUCGUUCCGCCCCCCAGCCAGCAUCCAAUUGGCUAGGCGGAGAGGGGGUGGAGCAAUGGCCAGCAAGCAAACCCAGGCACAGGAAGCCCGCACCGGGUCGCAAACCCUGCCCACCAGUUUGAUGAGUGAUUGGCAGAUCCAAGACUUGCUUUGUAAUCAGGUUUGGCAGUUCAGAUCAGAGACCCAAUCUGGGUAGAUUCAGCUGCUAUCUAACACGGCAUAUUAUUAUACCGUGUAGCACAGAGAAAAAAACUACAAGAUCACAUUCUGUCUUGUCCAGCAGUGUUUGAAAUUCGCCAGGCGCCAGGAGCAUUUUGUACCUGGCUAUUGCGCUGUGGGUUAAACCACAGAGCCUAGGACUUGCUGAUCAGAAGGUUGGUGAUUCGAAUCCCCGCGAUGGGGUGAGCUCCCGUUGCUCGGUCCCUGCUCCUGCCAACCUAGCAGUUCGAAAGCACGUCAAAGUGCAAGUAGAUAAAUAGGUACCACUCCAGUGGGAAGGUAAACGGUGUUUCCAUGCGCUGCUCUGGUUCGCCAGAAGCGGCUUAGUCAUGCUGGCCACAUGACCCGGAAGCUGUAUGCUGGCUCCCUCAGGCAAUAAAGUGAGAUGAGCGCCACAACCCCAGAGUCGGCCACGACUGGACCUAAUGGUCAGGGGUCCCUUUACCUUUUUAUUGUCCACUUGCAAGCAAGGGAAGAUGCCCAGGCGCCAGGAUUGCACCUGAGGUGCGUGCCUGGGGAUCCAUGGAUCUGGACUGUUGUCACAUUCCAGCAACACAUCCUGUAGAAUUCCAACUCUCAUAUUUUCUCACAAUCAUAAUGAAUUUCAGGAACUAAAAAGUCACAUUGAAAAAUACAACUUUUGAGCCGUCUGGUCCCAAGAUGGCAACUAGAUAUUCCGUUUUGGCAACUGUAACCCUGGUUUAAGGAGCCAUUUGGCACUUAGCUUAUAGAUAGGAGUUUCUAACACAGUCGACAGUUAUAGAUCUUGGUGCUCGCCAUCUCAUCCUUCUCUUAGGUUAGUUGUAACCUAUUUCUACAGGGCUGCUCUCUUGAUCAAUGAGUGAGGCUCCUUUUCUGCAGCCUAACCACCCACACAGAAAUCUCUGGUUUUCUGUAGCAUUUGAACAGGAUAUCAAAGCUCUAAUAGAUUUUGAAUCCAGACAGACAGUUUGACAGCAGCUAUGCAAAAUAUUAGUGUCUUAAUCAGAUGUCACUUUUGUGCAAAAACUCCUUUUGUCCCCCCUGCUUUUGUGCGCCUGGUAAAUUAGUGGAUAUUCAGACAAGUUAAUUAUAUAUUCUAGCAUGCAACUAUGACAGUUCUUUUCCUAUAGAAUAGGAAAAAUAGUUUUUGCAUGGUGAGCUAAGCAUAUAUCUUCUUCUUUCUGCCAAAAAUAAGUAAGCAACAAGAUGGCUUGCAUCUGUGGGUCUCAAACUACGUGCUAGCUUUGCAUCUUGUAAAACCAUUUGCAGAUAGUUAUAGCUAUUAUGUCUCCGCCCCUUUUAUUAUGUUGUUGUUUAGUCGUUUAGUCGUGUCCAACUCUUCGUGACCCCAUGGACCAGAGCACGCCAGGCACUUCUGUCUUCCACUGCCUCCUGCAGUUUGGUCAAACUCAUGCUGGUAGCUUCAAGAACACUGUCCAACCAUCUCGUCUUCUGUCAUCCCCUUCUCCUUGUGCCCUCCAUCUUUCCCAACAUCAGGGUCUUUUCCAGGGAGUCUUCUCUUUUCAUGAGGUGGCCACAGUAUUGGAGCCUCAGCUUCAGGAUCUGUCCUUCCAGUGAGCACUCAGGGCUGAUUUCCUUAAGAAUGGAGAGGUUUGAUCUUCUUGCAGCCCAUGGGACUCUCAAGAGUCUCCUCCAGCGCCAUAAUUCAAAAGCAUCAAUUCUUCGGUGAUCAGCCUUCUUUAUGGUCCAGCUCUCACUUCCAUACAUCACUACUGGGAAAACCAUAGCUUGAACUAUACAGACCUUUGUUGGUAAGGUGAUGUCUCUGCUUUUUUUAUAUCAUUAUUUUAUUAUAGUGGUGAUAAAAUAUCAGUAGAUUUUAUGACCAUAUGCAUUCACUAAGCAAGACUGAGAAAAAGACCUGUGAAUUAUGUCUUGUAGUAUUAUUGUCCCAUGAAGACCAAAUCAUGAGUGCAACGUUGAGCUUCCUUUUUGAAGAAGUUGUUCCUUCUCCUGGUGGUUGGGGGGAGGCAGAAACUUUUACACUAUUCUGGAGCAGCAGCUCCAUGUUGAUGGAAGAAAGGAGUAAAUGACCUGCAGGGCAACAAAUGGCAGUUUUAUUCUUAGAAAAGUACCAGGGGGAAGAAAAGCAGCCUAGAUUGCAAGCAGUUAGAUGACCGUGUUUCAGAUUAGACAUUUCUCAUGAUGUGCCAUGAAGGAUUAAAACAGCUGUAGCAAUAAUAAUAAUAAUAAUAAUAAUAAUAAUAAUAAUAAUUUAUUUAUAUCCCGCCCUCCCCAGCCGAAGCCGGGCUCAGAGCGGCUAACAACAGUAAAAUGAUACAACAUUCUAAAAUCAUUUCAUUAUAAAAUCAGUUCAGAUCAAAUUAAUGGCAACCAUUGGGCUCUGUGAGGAUUGCCAAAGGAGGGGGUCAGGUUGUGCCCUGGCCAAAGGCCUGGUGGAACAGCUCUGUCUUGCGGAAAGAUGUCAAGUCUCGCACGGCCCUAGUCUCUUGUGGCAGAACGUUCCACCAGAUCGGAGCCACAGCCGAAAAAAGCCCUGGCUCUGGUUGAGGCCAGCCUAACCUCUCUGUGGCCCAGGAUCGCCAAGAUGUUUUUGUCUGAAGACCGUAAUGAUGUGUCAAAGAAUUACGAAUUACAAAGAGAAGGAAUCACAUUGGCUCCACUUGCAGAAACUAAUGAAGGAGUUUCGUAUGGCGUCUUUCUCCUAAUGGAAAAAUUAUUGGUGUGGUUGCUCUGAGUUUGGAUGGAAUUCAGGGAGAAUGUUUCUCCAUUAAGCAGAAGAUAUACAGCAGUUCAGGAAUGUUAACUUCAUCUACAUUUUGAGGGAAUUACUAUAUGGAAUUGGCAGAAAUGACUGGCAGAAUCCGAGACCAGGGAGAAGAGUCGGUGAAAGAGGACUGGAAGAAAUUUAAAGACUAUUUACAGAAAUAUUGUAAAAUUAAUGAAUUUUAGAAGGAUGUUGGAUAGAAACUAAGUGGUUUCUAGCUGUAAUGCUUUAAGAGAUAUGAAAAAAAAAGAUCCACAAAUGGGUAAAAGCUUAAUGGUAAGGAUUUGCUGAACUAACAAAUUGAAAUGGAAUACAAAGAAGGAGGCACGAGGAGGUUCAGGGAAAUAAGGGUAAGGAGGAUAUGUUAGGGAAAAUUAAUCUGCUUUUAAUUGUUUUUAUUUUGUAUGUUUCUUUUUAUUUUUCAUGUAUUUUUUUUUCUGUACUUUGUAUUUUCUUGUAUUUUUAUUUUUUGUUUUUACGUAAUUUUUGUAUUCUUUGAAAUGUUAAUAAAUAUCAUUAAAAAAAAAAACAUUUUGAGGGAAUUGUGUGCUUUUCGAGAAGGUCGCUUCUUUGCAACGAUGCCCAGGGUUUUCUGAUGUGCCGUUACACCAGUUCAGUCCUGUGCUUCACCUUGAUGUUUGAUUCUCCCUUUUGUGGCAGAGAAUUGAAGACAAGAAUGUCAUGUCAUUUGCCUGAUUCAAAGAACGUCCUCGCUUGGUUCAGCCCAGAUCUGAACAGUCUGUCUCCUUAUUCCCACGCCUGUGAUUAUUUCCUCAGAAAAUGCUACACAAACACGCUCCGUGCAGUUGUACCACCUUGCCGUGCGCAGGGGGAACUGCUUCUUUGAAUGGGCCUCCACAUCUAAAGAUGCUUAAAGAAACAUUUUUCUCAUUUUGGGGGAAAGUACUUCAGAAAGAGGGACGCAGGUGGCACUAAGGGAUGCAGGUGGUGCUGUGGGUUAUACCACAGAGCCUAGGACUUGCCUAUCAGAAGGCCGGCAGUUCGAAUCCCUGCGACAGGGUGAGCUCCCGUUGCUCGGUCCCUGCUCCUGCCAACCAAGCAGUUCAAAAGCACGUCAAAGUGCAAGUAGAUAAAUAGGUACCGCUCCAGCGGGAAGGUAAACGGCGUUUCCGUGUGCUGCGCUGGUUUGCCAGAAGUGGCUUAGUCAUGCUGGCCACAUGACCCAGAAGCUGUAUGCCGGCUCCCUUGGCCAAUAAAGCAAGAUGAGCGCUGCAACCCCAGAGUCGGUCACGACUGGACCUAAUGGUCAGGGGUCCCUUUACCUUUACUUACUUCAGAAAGAAGAAGAAUCCCCUCAAAAGCACAGGAUAAGCUGGCUGCCACCAAAGUCCAUAUUAAUAGGAACCUCAAGGAGGGAAACGUGAAUAAACCACUCAAAUUCCUCCUUCUCCUGCAGGAAAAUAACACCCCUAGUGAUACUUCCCCUUAUAAAAGGUUUCCUGGUCCUCUGAAAAGAACCCUUCUAUGCUGCAUUUUAUUUUUAUCUAUUCCACAAUUCUUUCAUUACUAUUUUAUUUUCUGUCUGCUGCACAUAAUUUAGUCCUUCCCGCAAUUCCUUCAACAUAUAAUAUCUCCAGAUGCCCAAAUUGGGAGUUUAUUCUUCCAAAUCCGAUUCAUCCCUUAAACUCUUCUUUGCUGCCGGGUUUGCUGUGUCCACAUAGAUUUUAAAAAUAGUUCUUCUUUGGUUACUAUUCCUUCUCCUGGCUGCUGAUCUACGUACAUCCAGAGAUUAAUCCUCUUCUUUAAAACAUCCGUUCUUGUUGUUUUUCACACUGCUGAGCAUUGGGGGGGGGGUGUGUGUGUGAAAUUUCCUUAGAGACUUCAUAAAUGAGAACAUCGUCCUUUCCUGAGGCAAUUGCACCAGGAACAGCUCAGAGCUGGUGCUUUAAAAGUAAAGGGACCCCUGACCAUUAGGUCCAGUCAUGACCGACUCUGGGGUUGCGGCACUCAUCUCGCUUUAUUGGCUGAGGGAGCCGGCGUACAGCUUCCGGGUCAUGUGGCCAGCAUGACUAAGCCGCUUCUGGUGAACCAGAGCAGCGCAUGGAAACGCCGUUUACCUUCCCGCCGGAGCGGUACCUAUUUAUCUACUUGCACUUUGACGUGCUUUCGAACUGCUAGGUUGGCAGGAGCAGGGACUGAGCAAUGGGAGCUCACCCCGUCGCGGGGAUUCGAACCGCUGACCUUCUGAUCGGCAAGUCCUAGGCUCUGUGGUUUAACCUUAGGUAAUGAUGGAGCUGUUGGCAUGAAUUAAAAAAAAGGGGGGCAGAUAAAUAAUGAGAAAUAUAUCUGAAUUAAAAAUGCCAUCCAUCAAGGCAAGCUGCGGAUCAUCCGCCAGUAAUAUAUACAUAUAUAUGCACCUGUCUCUGUGUUUUUUAAUAAGCGCUAACAUGAUUUUCCCCUCCCUGCAGCUGAUGGCGUUUGUGUGUUUAAAUGCUUGGUCAACAAAGAUACCGAAUAUUGCCGUGUGGGAAAAGAAUCAAUCUUGAUAUCGCUUGGCUAUAACAAUGCCUUACUUCAAUUCAGGUCCCAUUCUGGUAAGUAAUUGGUGGCAUUCAUAGUUCUGUACAUGUCUCAAGGUUUCUCCCCCUCUCUGUACACUUCCACCCCCCUAAACCAGUAACUUGGGUGCACUUUCUUGUACACUAUUUUGCAUGCUCCGAGUUCAUAAAGGUAAAGGUAAAGGGACCCCUGACCAUUAGGUCCAGUCGUGGCCGACUUUGGGGUUGUGGCGCUCAUCUCGCUUUAUUGGCCGAGGGAGCCGGCGUACAGCUUCCGGGUCACGUGGCCAGCAUGACUAAGCCGCUUCUGGUGAACCAGAGCAGCGCACAGAAAUGCCAUUUACCUUUCCGCCAGAGCGGUACCUAUCUACUUGCACUUUGACGUGCUUUUGAACUGCUAGGUUGGCAGGAGCAGGGACCGAGCAACGGGAGCUCACCCUGUCACAGGGAUUCGAACCGCCAACCUUCUGAUAGGCAAGUCCUAGGCUCUGUGGUUUAAUUCACAGCGCCACCCGUGUCCCUCCAAGUUCAUAGAACUGUAGAGUUGGAAGAGACCCUGAAGAUCAACCAGUCCAAGAUAUUGAGGCUUGCAGAAGUACAACUAGAGAUGGCAAGGCCUGGGGGGAAAGCAGAAAAAUUCCCGCCGGGCUCCCAAGGCUUGCAGACAGCAGCCUGCAGCCCGAAACCCGGGGAGCGCAGCGGAGCGCAGCGGAGCGCACCCCGGGCUUCGGGCAGAUAUCCACAAGCCUUGGGAGCCCAGCGUGACUUCCCGCCAGGCUCCCUAGGCUUGUGGAUAGCAGCCUGCAUCCCGAAGCCUGGGGCGCGCUGAGCAGCUUGCAAAUAGCAGCGGAUAGCAGCCUGUUCUGGGGGCUGGGGUCGGGGGAAGCUCGGGCUUUCCCUGCCCCAGCCCCGCGCCUGGAGGGGAAAUAAAUUUUUUCCCCUUUAUUUCCCCCCCAAAAAAAACCUAGGUGCGCCCUAUGGGCCGGUGCAAAAAAUACGGUAAGUAGUAGUAGAUUUUAGGGCGAAAAAUACGGCAAUUAGUAGAUCGAUAGCCCUCCUUCUUCUGUCCUGGGACUCAAGGCAGUGGGAAGGAGGGUUCUCAGGGGGUCUCCCAUUCUUGCACUGACCAGGCCGGAACCUGCUUAGCUUCAGCAAAGUGGUGCAUCAUGUUCUUAUGUCCUGGAUAUUGCAGGGUAGAUAUUAAGGGUUGCUCUUUUGGGCAGCAGACUUUCCCCAGCAGUCAAAGAUUCUGGGGUCCAAGUGCCUUGGACAACAGGGCCUUGGGUGCAGACCUUCCAGUUUAGUCCUCAGUCAGAGAUUGGGCUUCAACUGCUUUGCAUCUUCGACCCAGUUUAAGCUUCUGGUUGAACAAGGCAUCUUUGAAUAGCAGGGUCUACAAUCUUCUGAUUGUUUAGAACGAAGUCUGUUUGUAAACUUACUGUGGCGCUUGCCUCCUAGGUGGGUCAUAAGGAAAGGGUUAAAUGAGUGUGAAGUGAUUGGCCUGUGGAAACAUAGGGGAGGAGUUAGAGUUAGAGUUGGAGUGUGUGGAAGUCAGUUGAGAGUUGGAGAAGGAAGAGGGAGGAAUAGUCUGUGGGUUGUCGAGUUGUGUUGUGAGAGAGUGAGAGGAAUUGUUAGGUGGAGUCAGAUAGUUGGAAUAAUCAGUUUGAAGUUGUUAGGAACAUUGGGUCAGUAAAGAAACGAAGAUUAAGAAACUGCCAAGAAAAAUUAACUGAAACCAUAAGCUUUUUCAUGCUUAUAAAAAAUAAGCUUGAUUAUUUGUUAAUGUUAACAAUUGUCUGGACUCCGUGUGUACCCGAGGGAAAUGGGUUGGUGGCAGCGAAGAAAGCAAUUACAGUGGUGGCACAAUGUCAAUACACCGUCAAACGUCCGGGGACCCUGUGUGAUCGCCACACUUACCAUUGCGUAUUACUUGAGAGUUAUGUCGAUUUAGAUUUCCAGACCCCCAUUUCACCCGUCUUUCUGGUGGCAAAUGGAUGCCUGCCCUGAAUUCAUGCAGAGGACAGAGCUCUCCUCAUUCCUUCCAUUCCACCAUUUAGACAGCUAUAAAUCCUAGAUGGUUGUCUCUGUUUCCCGAAGAACAUGUGUGUGGCAUCUGAGUUGCAUCAAGCAAGCCAUAAAAUUGGCUGCCAGUGUGUCUUGCGCAUAUCGCCUUGUCUUUCCCAAACAAUGGCCGUCUAUUUAGAGCAGCUCAUCCGAGGAAUAUUUUGCCCGCCGGCUCACAGGGGGUACUUGCUGCCAUCUUGAGACGAGCACAGUUCAGUUGAAAAACAAGAGGAUUGGUGUCAACACUGGUUUCGGAAAGACUGGGUCGAAUCUUGCAGCACAGAUCUCUUGCUUUUAUGCUACUGUGUUGUGGGCAUUGGGUUGGCGCCAGAGAAAUGCCAGCCUGGGCUGUGGCAAGGGUGGCUGAGAGAGCAGAGGAGGAUUUCUAGAGAGCAAGUGGAUGCAUCUUCUAUAUGCAGGUCCAUGCUAUUUUUAAGAUUCCCCCCCCUCCACCACCACAGCCCCCUUCACCACAGCACAUCUCAUUUGGCAGGAGCUGCAUGGCUGCUGCACAGGUCGGGUGAGUCAGGCUGCAGAGCGAGGGGGGGCUGAUCUUGGUGGAUUCCCCAGCUGUACUAGUGACACAUAAAUCAAUGGCAGUCGCAACUCUGCUUUCCUUAAGAGCACUUCAGCCCAGUGAGCUAACCUAUCUUAAGGAAGGAACAGGCAGAUGAAAGAGCACAGAGUAUAAUUUGUGGCUUGCUCUUUGCACAUUGGGACUCGGGUGGCGCUGUGGGUUAAACCACAGAGCCUAGGACUUGCCGAUCAGAAGGCUGGCGGUUCGAAUCCCCAUAAUGGGGUGAGCUCCCAUUGCUCGGUCCCUGCUCCUGCCAACCUGGCAGUUUGAAAGCACAUCAAGGUGCAAAUAGAUAAAUAGGUACCACUCCGGCAGGAAAGUAAACGGCGUUUCCGUGCGCUGCUCUGGUUCGCCAGAAGCGGCUUAGUCAUGCUGGCCACAUGACCCAGAAGUUGUACACCGUCUCCCUCAGCCAAUAAAGUGAGAUGAGCGCCGCAACCCCAAAGUCAGCCAUGACUGGACCUAAUGGUCAGGGGUCCCUUUACCUUUUUACCUUUGCACAUUUAGUUCAGCAGAAUGUUACAUUAUGUUUUGCAGAGGGUAGAGAGCAGCUCAGUGAUCGUUCAGUUUCUUUCCUUCCACUGCCUACCAUUUCGCAUGAUGCUGUUUACUUUAAUAUAAACAGCUGUAGUUUUGCAUAGCCAAUACCAUCCCCCCCCCCCCCAGGUACCCUAGCCAAACCUGCUGUGAAUUUGAGUGGCCCGCCUCUCAGGCCUUUGUAUUUAAUUAAAUUCACCGUUUCUGUUUCAGAAUAUAGCAUGUUUUCAAAUGUGCUGAAGAACUGCCGGAAUUGGAAUAAGGAGCACUCCGUGUUCAAUCAGAGAACUGAAGAAUCCUCUGCAGCUCAAUAUUUUCAGGUAGAGGUCCAUUGCAUCACAAACCUAGAAGAGGUAAAUUCAUUACUUUCCCUGUGUUUCUGCACUUCCUGCUCAGAGCUGGUUUCUGCAGCCGUGACUUUGCCCUUCUUGUGUGAAGUGCAGCAGGCAAGGGGGGAAGGGCACAAUUUUAUAUAUUUGUUCCUGUUUUUCCUGUUUAGUUUUAUGGCUGCUUAUCCCAGCAACAGAACAUGAUGCAGGAUUUUGUGAGGACGGCCACAUAUCACAGAGCAAUACUACAGAACCAUAUAGAUUUUAAGGAUAAGGUAAGCCCUGUUAAAAGUCUGCCCACCCCAAUUCUCUCUCCCUCUCCCUGUAAAAUAUUGAAUUUUCCAUUAUAACAGACAUUGCAACAAGCCAAAACCACAAAACUACCGAAGAAAAACCAAACAGAAAAGAUUACAGAAGGAAUACAGGAAGAAGACAAUGUUACAUGUUAAAUAAGCAUCCUUAGAUAAGGGAUAGAAGACAAAAUGAUUAUUGUAAAAAAGGAUCAGUCUUGUAUUAGUUGGCCAUGUUUUCUGGAUAGGUGUGUCUUACUCUUUGUGGCUUAAUUCUGGAACCGAAUAAUCAGUUAUGUUGGCAUUUUAAAUAUUUGCACUGGCCCACCUGCCUACAGUCUUGUUCAUACUAUUGUUAUAAUUAGAGAUGGGAGCCAAAUUCAGUUUAGUUUGCAUCUAAAUGUGAGCCUUCCUAAUGUGUAGUUCCCAGUACAAUACACAACCAAAACACAGACCUCUUUUAUUUUUCAUUUAUGUAUUACAUUUAUAGACCACCUUUAUCUUCCAAGGAGCUCAAAGUGGUGUAUGUGGUUCUCCUCCUCCCCAUUUCAGCCUCACAACAACCCUGUGAGGCAGAUUAGGCGAAGAGAUGGUGACUGACUCCAAGGUCAUCCAGUGACUUUUGUAGCUAAGUGGGGUUUCAAACCCUGCUCUCUCCCCGGCCCUAGUCCAACACUCUAACCAUUAUGCCAUUUCCCCCAAUUCUGCAGUGCAGUUUGCCAGGCAAAUAAUACGCACAGAAAUGCAUGUACUGCCAUAAAGUGUCCAUUAGUGGAAAAUAACAUACAUAAAUGCAUUAUAUUCUUGAAAACUGCCUUGCAAAAAUUUAUAUAGGAGGCAAAAUUGCUUACGAAGAAGAAAUGCUUGUGAAUUUUCACUCCUUUUAAAAAUGGCAAGCUAUGUGGAAUUGUGGAGAAGUGAACUUUAGAUUGGAAAAUGAGAAACAUAGGAAAACUGAAAUGGACAGAUUUUGCCCAUCCCUACUUAUAAUUUAGACAUAUGUUUGAACCUAUUGCCAUUCAGUGAGCGCAGGAUCUGCUCUGACCUCCAGGAGCUCCCCAGGAUCUCAGGCUCAGAUCUCUACCAGCCUGAAGAUAUUUUUCACAAGAAACAGGCAUCUUCUUCUGCGCGCAAAGCUUGUCUUCUGCCCCCCCGGCUACAGCCCCUUCCUUUCCCAAGGGCUGCCCUAGGAGACGUGUCCAGCACAGAAAGGGAUGGAUCCUGGAUCUCUGUGAGCCCCACAGCCUCCCGUCAGGGGCCAGAAAACGGCUCUCCUCAACUCUUCCCCAAGUCAAUAGACGGGAAGCAUCGUUGAAGUCAGAAUCUUUAAACAUACAGGAAAACGAAACCUCACAGUUUCUUUGAAGGCUCCUUCUGCCGUUGCCCACCUCUGAGGAAUUUUUGACAGUAUCAUGAUCUGCUGUUUCCUAUGUUCUUAUAUUACUUGGCUAAGAAAUCGGUUUGGUUUGGUUCUUGUUUUUUGAUCUUCAUUAUUAACUCCCACCCAUAUCUGCAUUUUUUAUUUUUAAAAGCCUGACAGUAUCACAACUGCUCUGUGGGGUUAAUGGUUUCAAGCACACAAACGGAUUGAAACGGGCUGUUGCAGUUUUCCGUCGGUGAUAUAAAAGAGAGCUCAUUCGAUCCUGUAGUAGGAACUGAAAAUAAGAUCGCCGUGUUUGCAAGUUUGAGUAUCCCCUGAAUCUCUGUACCUUGGUUCUCAAACUUCAUCCAUUCCAGAAGUCCGUUCCAAAACCAAGGCAUUCCAAAACCAAGGCACACUUUCCCAUAGAAAGUAAUGCAAAACAAAUUAAUCUGUUCCAGAUUUUUAAAAACAACCCCUGAAACAGCCAUUUAACAUGAAUUUUACUAUCUAACAAGACCAUUUCCAUAAAAUGAAAGCAAUAAUCAAGGUACUGUUCUAUAAAAUAAAGAAGGCAGCAUUGUAGAUGAUAAAAAUAAAAAAAGCAUUUUUUUCUUUACCUGCACUGAUGACAGUCAUUGUUUGGAUGGGGGGCUUUUAUCCAUUUCUGCAGUCACACAAUCAAUCAAUCAAUAGCUGAACUGGGUUCCACACAGUCACAAAAACAAAUUAAUUGAAAAAGCCUCAAAAACAAAAACGCGAAAAUGAACAGCAGAAACAAAAGUGCCAAACUUAAUCUGUUCUGGAAGUUUGUUUGACUUCCGAAAUAUUUGAAAACCAAGGCACGGCUUCUGAUUGGUGCAGGCGCCCCGGAAACAAUAGCUGACAGCUGCGUCAGACACCCAGCUUCCGAAAAACCGGAAACACUUGCAGGUUUUCAGCGUUUGAGAACCAAGGUACCACUGUAACAAAAUUGCAGUGAUUAUAGUUGGAGCUGCGGAAAUGCAACAGGAUUAUUUUCAUUAGACUAGACUCGUUUUUAUCAAAAGUACACUUUAAGACUGGCAUGUGGCACAUGGUUUCCACGGUAACAUUAAUUUUCUGGCGCAUGAGGAGAAAUUAGUCCUUUAUUGCUUUGGGUUUCUCGUUUGGUCUUGAACCAACCUAAUGACUCGCUUUUUAAGGCCAUUAACUCAGCCCUGCUGUCAACUUUUAUGAGGAACCAAACUAGAACAUUCUGCAUGUCAGAAACACAUCCCAACACACGCCCCCCAAACAGAGCCAGUUGUAUUCUUGGUGAUUUACCACUUUACAAAUUUUAUUGCUCUUUCCUAGGGAGGUGCAAGCAAUUAAGUGGCAUUCUGAGAUGCUGCCAGAAAUUUUGCAGCAGUCACUUGAAGCUUAUAAUGUGGCUUUAUUACAUAAGUUAGAUCCAUUUAAUGACCAGUUUGGCUUUAGCGGUUUUCAGAAUUAAGCAAUUUUCUGUUUAAAUUUGAUUUACCAUGUUUGUAUCAGAACAACUGUGUGUGUGUGUGUGUGUGUGUGUGUGUAUAUAUAUAUAUAUAUAUAUAUAUAUAUAUAUAUAUAUUAUGGAAAGGUGUACUUUGAUACUGUUGGGUUUUGUUGUAAAACUUGAUUGUGCACAUCACAACCAGAAGCACACUUCCUCUUCAAAGAAAAUGGAUGCUUGGCUUAAAGAAAUACUAUAUAGUAUUGUAAAAAUAUAUACUAUUAUAGCUUUUUUGUGUAUACCAGAAGGUUUUCCCCCAGGUUGUGGCCCAUAUAGCAAGGAAAGAAUACCUUGGGAUCCCUUCUAGAGUGGAAAAUCUUCAUUAUGGAAAGCAUUUAUCUCUUGUGUCCUCCAGCACACUCCUUUAAAUCUUUCUUCAGGUGAACAGAUCUGGCCACCUAAGCCAGUUCAUCUGCUUUUCCCUGAUUCUGCACCAUUCAAGAAUCUAAUAGGCUCAGCUGAGUGUGUUUUAUAUUUAGUGAAUGCAAUAAAUUUAAAUCUUGGAUCACAAACAGAGAUUAUUUCUCCCCUUCUUUUGUUUCAAGGUGAUCCUAGAUGUUGGCUGUGGGUCAGGAAUCCUUUCGUUUUUUGCUGUGCAGGCUGGAGCGAGAAAAGUCUAUGCAGUGGAAGCCAGCUCUGUGGCCAAAUAUGCUGAGGUGAGCACAUUGGGUUGGGUCCCAUGGCUGAAUGAGUUUGGCACGCUUUGCUGUGCGCAAGAGAAACAAGAUCUGCAUUGGUGUGCUGCAAAUUGAGAAGGGCCAGCAGUUUGAGUUGCUGCUGCCCAUGAAGUGCUGCUUCUGUGCAAUCCUUAUUAUUCACUCCUCUUUGUUUUGGGGUGGAGCCUAGAUUUGCUUUCAUUUCAAGACCUCUGUUACCAGGGGAGGGCAGUUCUCUCCCUCCCUCAAGGUCUUUAAGCAGAGGUUAGGCAGCCAUUUUUCAUCUCCGCCAAGCUAAGCAGUUGGCUCCUUACCUCUCUCGCCCUGACCUAGCCAUUGUGAUCCACGUGACGGUCAUCUCCAGACUGGAUUAUUGUAACUCGCUCUACGUGGGGCUGCCCUUGAGACUGACCCAGAAACUCCAGCGGGUGCAGAAUGCCGCAGCGAGACUCCUUACGGGGUCCUCGCUGCGAGAUCACAUUCACCCGGUGCUAUACGAGCUGCACUGGCUCCCGGUGGAGUACAGGAUCAGGUUUAAGGUGCUGGUUUUAACCUUUAAAGCCCUAUACGGCCUAGGACCCUCGUACCUACGGGACCGCCUCUCCUGGUAUGUCCCACAGAGGAACUUACGAUCUUCAAACAAAAACAUCUUGGAGGUCCCAGGCCACAGAGAGGUUAGGCUGGCCUCAACCAGAGCCAGGGCUUUUUCGGCUGUGGCUCCGAUCUGGUGGAACGCUCUGCCACAAGAGACUAGGGCCCUGUGGGACUUGACAUCUUUUCGCAGGGCCAGCAAGACAGAGCUGUUCCACCAAGCCUUUGGCCAGGGCACAGCCUGACUCCCUCCUUUGGCAAUCUUCACAGAAUGAUUUAGAAUGUUGUAUUAUUUUAUUGUUGUUAGCCGCCCUGAGCCUGGCUUCAGCUGGGGAGGGCGGGAUAUAAAUAAAAAAUUAUUAUUAUUAUUAUUAGUGGCAGAUCCUCCAGCUCUGGAUUUCCUUCCUGGAUCAAGCAGUUGGGAUGGAUGGUCUUGAAAGCCCCUUCCCUCCAGCUCUGAUUCUGGUUCCUUAGUCCAGGGACUGAAGAACUUUUUUAGUGGUACGCGGAUGGCACUGUGGUCUAAACCACUGAGCCUCUUGGGCUUGCCAAUUGGAAGGUUGACGGUCCAAAUCCGCAUGACAGGAUGAGCUCCUGUUGCUCUGUCCCAGCUCCUGCCAACUUAGCAGUUCGAAAGCACACCAGUGCAAGUAGAUAAAAAGGUACCUCUGCGGUGGGAAGGUAAAUGGCAUAUCCGUGCUCUCUGGUUUUCGUCACGGUGUUCUAUUGUGCCAGAAGCGGCUUAGUCCUGCUGGCCCCAUGACCCAGAAAAGGUGUCUGCAGACAAACACCGGCUCCCUCGGCCCAAAAGGCAAGAUGGACACUGCAACCCCAUAGUUGCUUUUGACUGGACUUAACCAUCCAGGGGUCCUUUACCUUUUAACUUUACCUUUUCUUUAGUCCAGGAGUCCCAGUUCUGUUUUCAGAGAGGUGCAGGGAAGGGGAACAGACAGAAGCAGCAGAGAAGAGACAAGAAGAGUUCAGAGAUAUUUUUUAAAAAAUAAUUUUGUCAAUUGUGUGUCUUGGCUUCUCAGUUGUAUUGUGUUAUUUUAUGCACUGUGACUCGCUGUUAAUUUCAUUGAUUAUAGUUUAGAAAUUAUUUAUUGCUAUUAAGAGUGAAUUUCUGUUUAAUUAUCAUUUGCUGAUAUUUAAUUUUAUUGUGUGCUAUUAUAUUCUAAUGGAUUGUUGAAUAUUACUUUUAUUUGAUAUAAGUUGUUUAUUUAAAGCUACGUUUUUAUAGUGGCAUUUCUGUAUUGGAUCAGAUUAUUAUAAGGUGUGUGAUCUUUGCUGCUGCUUCGGCCUUUAAACUGCCUUGUGUGCAGUAAUAUAGAAAGGCCGUAUACAGAUUAAAAGUGAAAUGAAAGGUAGACAGUCAGCCCACCAGUCUGUAAAACAACCCAUACAACAGAUGCAAAUCUGGAAGGGUCAUGUGUCUCCCAUAGCAAAUGUAACUGAAAUUUUACAAAGAGCUGCUUUGACAAGUCUGUUCAGUGGGAAAGUCCACUGAAGAUGCAAAUGUUUCACUGAAUUAGUCCUAGUCAACAAGUUGCAUAUGGUUCAAUAAUGUAAAAAACUAAAUUUAUUUAGAACCUCCCAUUACAUGACUAUGAUAUUUUUGCUGUACCCGAAACCCAGUGAAAGCAUUGCGGUCUGAAGCACUGAUAUUGGAUGCCACAACCAGGCAGCUGACUCUCCUGGUCUUUGAUGGACUUAAUAACAUCAACCAGGAAUGAGUGACAUGUCCCCCAGUUGGGGGUCUCCUGGGUCAUCCCCAACAACUUUCUUUGGGAAACGAAUGAUGUCUUUAUUGCCAGUUUUGUAGACCAGCCCAGUAGGGACAAAUCAGUAGACUGAAAAGUUACACAAAUCUGGAGUUUAGGAAUGGGAAGAACUGAAAUCUGCACGUAGUGGUUACUGCCUUUCCCUUUUUAAAAAAGCUAUACAGUGGUACCUCAGGUUACAUACGCUUCAGGUUACAGACUCCGCUAACCCAGAAAUAGUGCUUCAGGUUAAGAACUUUGCUUCAGGAUGAGAACAGAAAUCAGGCUCCGGCGGCGCAGCAGCAGCAGGAGGCCCCAUUAGCUAAAGUGGUCUUUCAGGUUAAGAACAGUUUCAGGUUAAGUACGGACCUCGGGAACGAAUUAAGUACUUAACCUAAGGUACCACUGUAUAUAGAUGCCAUUCAAUUAAAUGGCUCUGCUGUUUAUCCAAAACUCUGGAUAUCUUAAUAUAUUGGCUGUUCCCGAAGUUAUAUGGACUGUAAUAGAAUGCAAAAUAAUUUGGAUUAGAUUUAAAAUUAUGUGCUGUGUUGUCAUGUCACAGACAUCAUUUGGUUCAACAUAGAAAAUUAUAAAUGACCAGCUGGUGUUUUUAGUUCAGUGUGCCAAGUUUUCUCCUGCACGACUCCCUAAUUUAGACUUACAGUUGAAAUGCUGCGAUCCUAAACUCAGUUGGAAAUGUGCUCUACUGAAACAAAUGGGGUGUUUCAGACAAACGUGUUUAGGGCUGAGAUUUCAGCUACUUGUAUAAAGAUUAAGUAAGAAUUUUGUGUCGAGCUGAAGGGAGUUUAUGGCGAGCACUUGAACAAACAGGACAUGGGAGCAGCUAUGCGUGAGGAACAGUUGUCUAUGGGGAAGAGGUCAACUUGCGCUGGGGAUCAUUAGAAAUAAAAAAUUGGCCCUUGAGGAAUACAGAGGCUGUUAGGAAUACAGAGGAAUAUCUGAGGCUGGUGGAGGCGGGGAUCAAUAUAGGAGCCUUUAUUUUCCAAAGAGGCCCCAAAACAAGAAGUGAUCGUUCUUAUAGAUGCUAAUGUCAUUGUGGAUGAGGGUUGAGGAUGAGGGUUUCUACUGAACAAAAGGUGAAAUUUGGAGAAAGAAAAGGGAAUUAAGUUGCUAGUUUUGUUCUGUUAAGCCUCUUUUUCAGAGUAGUCUUCUUGAUUUAAUAUAUUUCAUCUCCCUUCCUUCACCACAUUGACCUAGUUUACGUGAUCGAAUCCCGUCUUAAUAAGACAGUGCCUGUGUACGCAAACUAAGUCCCCACCCACAGCUCCUUUGCUCUUUCCUUCCAUGUGUGUGAGGAACACACAUCGUGGUAAACUCUCGUACUUCCUAGUCACCCCCAUCUGCCCCCAGAUUAUAGGAGCUCCCAGAAGAGAGUCUCUGAAGAUGACUUUAGGACACAGACAUAUUUGUUCAAGAGAUGGUGCUCCUUCAGGUAGGACCACUCUGUCAGAGAUUGUGCAGUGCAAUGGGCUGCAUCCAAUCAAUGCCCAAUAAUAAUAAUAAUAAUAAUAAUUUUUUAUUUAUACCCCGCCCUCCCCAGCCAAGGCUGGGCCCAGGGUGGCUAACAAGCAAUAAUAAAAACAAGUUGAAUGAAUACAACUUAAAAACAAAAUUAAAAUACAACAUUAAAAUAUUGAAACAUUAAAAUAUUAAAAUAUUAGUUGCUCUGCAUUUUAUUUCCAUUGAACAACAAGUGAAAAUGAUGGAGGAUCAUGGCUCAGGUCAAUCACAAUUACUAGAAGCUCACAAGAUCAGGUAGUAGAAGCCAUUCUUGGCAUGGGCCAACUCCUUCAACACCAGUUGGAAAAGAUCGAGAUUUGUUUGUAAGUCCACUAAAAUUGCCAGGUCUGUACACCAGAAACAGUCCACACUGGGCUACAUCCCAAGAGAAAGAGGAGGGGAGGAGGGUCACAUAACGCCGUAGUCCUUGGGUGGCCCAUCUGGCAGUCAUAGGAUUAAUGGUUCCAAGUGCAUCGUCAUGCCAGAUAAAAUAACCAAUUUCUAGCUGCUUUAUGAAGCACUACAAAAAGCAAUAUUUUCCCAGCCUCUGCAUUUCAACAUCUGAUGAGAUUUUCUAGUUUGUUUCCCUCAUCCGAAGCAAAUUCUUUAAAAGUCUGUGGCCUUGUUUCAGCAAGUGACUCGGCUGCAAUCAUAAUCCUUAAAAUCUUGAGCCUUUUAAACUGAAAUGCGUUGAAUUUUGUCUGCUUAAGGUCAGGCAUGUGAUCAAACUGCUUCAGUGCUAUUUUAUUGGAGUACGGUGCUUCUCUACCUUGUUUUGCCUGUCAGUAAAAUAGAUACUGCUCUGGAAAUUCUGGUUAAGGGCAGGUAAGAAAUAAUAAGAAUAAAAAUAAUAAUAGGUUGUGGUUUGUUUGUUUUUUAUAUUAAUUAGUCACUUAUUACCCCAGGCUUUUAGCCAAUGUACAACGUAAAAUGUACAACAAAAAUGGAAACACAAAUAAAACAACAAAUGAUCAAAACAGAUAAACUACAACAUCAACAUUGUAUUUGUUUUUAGCAGCUGUGGAAGGAAACACAACGGCAAAGGUGGCUUAAGGCAUUCUUCUUGUGGGCUUCUACAGAUGUAAUUUGCCUACUUGAUACCCCCUCGUAUUAGGAGAUUUGAGUGUUAGAAACUCAGAUACAUAAGCUAGAUGCCAAACGGCUCCUUCAACCAGGGUUAAAGGUAAAGGGACCCCUGACCAUUAGGUCCAGUCGUGGCUGACUCUGAGGUUGCGGUGCUCAUCUCGCCACAGAGACUUGCUGAUCAGAAGGUCGUGGUUCAAAUCCCCGCAACGGGGUGAGCUCCCGUUGCUCGGUCCCUGCUCCUGCCAACCUAGCAGUUCGAAAGCAAGUCAAAGUGCAAGUAGAUAAAUAGGUACCGCUCUGGCGGGAAGGUAAACGGCGUUUCCGUGUGCUGCUCUGGCUCGCCCGAAGCGGCUUAGUCAUGCUGGCCACAUGACCCGGAAGCUGUACGCCGGCUCCCUCAGCCAAUAAAGCGAGAUGAGCGCCGCAACCCCAGAGUCAGCCACAACUGGACCUAAUGGUCAGGGGUCCCUUUACCAUUAUAUACAGCGUGCUUACAUUCUGCAUGGACUGGUUGCAUGGCAACGUGUGCAAGUGGCUUGAGAUACCAUAAAUGACCAUAUAGCAUAUAUUCAACACAAAAAAAACAGCGACAUUUUGUUGUUGACAAAGGACAGCUGGACAUAGAAAGGGCCCCAUUACCUUCAGGAGCUGAGGGCCUCAUCAAACCUCAAUACGGCCCUGCACCUGGGCAUCUUCACGUGGUCUCAAGGGGGUCAUAGGUGCAAAAUGCGCCUGGUGCCUGGCUAAUUUCAAACGCUGGGAGAUCUGGGGAGAGGUGUCAUCAGUACACAGAUGAUACUAGCGCUGCUUCUCUGUUAACAUUCCAUUGAUCACGGCUUUCUGCCGGUGAGAGGCUUCUGCAGGUGCCAUCAUAUCUAGAUGUCCUUUCUUCAGGGUCUUCAGUACUGUGGCACCUGCCUUUUGAAAUUCCUCGUCUUGAAUAUUUGACAGGGGCCGCCUGUUGUCUUCUGGAGGCCUACGGAAGACCUUCCUCCUUCAACCAGCCAUUUAGGUUGAGAUCCUUCCUGAUCCACAUCUGCAUUGUAAUUGUUUUUAUCGCCUUAUCACUUGUUUGCCAUCCUGAGCUCCUUUGGGUGGGAUAAUAAUAAUAAUAAUAAUUUAUUAUUUAUACCCCGCCCAUCUGGCUGGGUUUCCCCAGCCACUCUGGGCUGUAAAUCAAAUAAAGAACUAUUGAAUAAAUACAUAGUAUUUAUAGAUGAAAGAAGCUAAUGCAGUUUGGUUGUGUGUGUUUUUUAUGCCUCCUCGUUACAGAUUCUAGUACAAAGUAAUAAUCUCUCUGAUAAGAUCAGCGUUUUGACGGGGAAAAUUGAGGAAAUCUCCUUGCCUGAGAAUGUUGACGUCAUUGUUUCUGAGCCAAUGGGUUAUAUGCUGUUCAACGAGAGAAUGUUGGAAAGUUACCUCCACUCCAAGAAGUGGCUGAAGUCAAAUGGUGAGUCUGUGUUCCACAGGAACGAACUGGAGGAAAUAAGAAUUUACCAAUUUGGAUCAGAGUAGUGGUGAUUUCGUAGGGUCUUUGGGAUACAACCCCCCGCCUCCCACCACUGUCAGAGCUCAUGUUAGCGUCUUUCUGGCAUAUUUAAUAUUCCUGAUUGCUUCUCGAUUCAUGCCUUAUAUCCUCCACAAUAAGCUCAACGCAAUAACCCACAGAUGAGACCAUGCAUCACCAAGGAGCUCUGUUUCCACUUUUGUCUCCAAAUAGUCUUGGACUCCCUGCUAGAGAGAAUCCCUGACUCAAGUCUGCUAAGAGACAGCUGAAUUAAUAUUAGAAGCACUCUGAAACUUUCAAGAUGAUUUCAUUCUAAAACAACUUUUGUCUUGCGGAGCAUCUGGACUAGGGAAAUGACAGGAUGGGAAAAAUUUACAGCCCAUUUAAAUUAAAAGGGGGGGCUUCUCUACAGAGCACCUGUUUAGAAUGCUUUGUAGAGAAUGUCUGGACAAUUAUGUCUGGACUUUGCAAAAACAAAACUAGCAUAAACUAAGAGGGAGUUGGGUGCAGCGUGGAAUAGGAAAGUCUGGCAAGAUGUUUGACUUUAUGCCAAAUCUUCCUCGGGAUGCAGCAAAUAUCUCUCUUAGCCUAUAUGUUCAGAUUCUUUGUCCUCCUCCGGUGGUACACUUUGCUGCUUUAAAAGUUAGUGUUUCUUAUUGUAAUAGAUGUUUAGUUCUUAAUCUCUGUGCUUCUGAUUCAAAUCCUGCUUUAAUGGCAAUGCCGUUUGUACUAAUGUUAAGUCUUUUUUGUUCAUGAUAUAAAUGCAAUGGAUUUAUAUGAUUUCUGUUUAUAAAGCAUUUUAAAUCUAUGCACUGUGAGAUUGCUAUCAUGAAACAAUUUACUCUAAAUGAAUACUGAAUUCAGUGACUACUUGGGAGUAAAGAGUUUUAGGAUUUCAGUCUGUAACCUCUACAUUCUUUACAAUGGCAUUGCCUUAUGACAAUGCUACUCCCCAUCUCAAACUGUGUUUGCAGAAAUGGAACAAUUUUCCUCCUAGCUAACAUUGUAUUAUUUGUUAAGUAGAAGUAUAAUUUCCUGUACAUUUCCUGCAUCUUCUUCAUAGGCUAGUUCAUUUCUGCAUUGCCAGGUGCACUGGUUUUAACCAAUUCACUUAUAAAAAUGUAUUAUCCGGACUUAUUUCCAUAGUUGUUGGGUAGGUUAAGACCUUAUUUAAUGGAGGUAUGGAUGACUGAUUCCUUGUCCUUCUCUGUUUGCAGUACAAGUCUGUAAUGUGCUCAUGCUUGUGUGUUUUGCAUUAGAUAGUCUGUGAAAUGGGCAUAAGGUCUGUAAAAUGUUUUGCAGUCUUUUGAUAUCAUCGAUAAACACACAGCAUCAUUACCAGUUCCUUUAUAUUGUCAGCCUUGAAGUAUGUUUAGUGAACAUCUGAAACUGUUGAUGGUUUGUUUAGUGGCAAUGUAUUAACAAUUAUAGGUUGAGUCUGUAGAUAGUUGUUCAGAAAUAUUAUCCUUUUCCUCCAGCUGUAGAAGAUGAAUGAGGAUAUAAUAUUGCCUUUGAUUUUAAGGAAGAAAUUAUUUAAAUAGCUAAUCACAAAUGAGUUAAAAACUGCAAGGUUUUAUCACUCAUGGCAGCAUAUUUGACUUGCCGUCUUAAGUUCUUUAUUGUUGCUAAUGGGCUUACUGAAAUGUGAUCAAGAAUUAGAGCAUAAAUUAUUAUCCACUCCGGAAUUAUAAAGAGAUAAACUGUUUGAGAUGGAGAGUGGAUGAUGUUUACUGGAUGUUUCCAACAAAUGUUUAAGUAGGGCUACACAGAAGAUUUGAACUUUGCUACUGUAUAUUAUCUUUUGUUCACUAGGAAUGAUGUUUCCAACAUUUAGUGACAUUCAUUUGGCUCCUUUUUCCGAUGAACAGCUCUACAUGGAACACUACUCCAGAGCCAAUUUUUGGUAAUGAUUAUUUCACUUUUUUCAAAAAAAAAAAAAAAAAAAAAGGAAAGGAAAAGAAAAUGUCUUUUGCUCUGCAGCAUAACAGAGGUCUCAAAAUGAAACUGCUUCUUGGAAUCACAAUGCAGUGGUGAAUUGUAUCUGUCAAAAGAAACUUCCUAAUUUCCUAACCCAUUUCUGUUUUGUUGAUCUGCAACUGUGGCGCUUACAGCUGAUUCGUGUGGCCAUGUUGUUUGUGCAUUGAUAACUGUUCUCAUGUGGUGGCUUGGCACUUCGAAGCGUUCGUCGUGUGGUGGCUCUUCACUUGAUGGCGUUUUCAUUACGAAGCAGAGGCAGGACCUGUCUAGGAAAGAGAUGAGAUUAUUUUAUGAUUAUGAUGAGAUUAUCUCCGCAAAUAUAGCCUACAACAGGAUACACGGUACCAUGCAGUCCUGCUCCAAGCAGAGAGAUAGAUGGGAUGAGAGAACUCUUUGCCCUGCAUUCCAUGAGUGGCGGAUUUCUGUAUAAGCUAAGCCAAAAUCCCUUAUUUUGGCUGCUGAUCCCUUAUUUUCGAGGCUGCUGGUCCCUUAUUUUCAAAUCUGUAAGUUGACAGCUAUGGAGAUUUGACCUAAUCUUUCCUCCCCUUUCCCAUACCAUAAGAUCUAAUUUAACUCUGUGUGCCAUCACACUGUACAUUGCUCCUCUUUCCCAACCUAUUAUGUAAAAUUGGGGGGGGGGGGGAGGCAGGAGUUUGAGGCAACAUGCUAUGCAGUAGCAUUUUCUAAAAUGUUUUAAAUCAGACAUUACAAGGGGGCUGUAGGGAAGAUGCACAGUGGCGAGAGCUUCAUAUCGCUUGUGAAAUCUAGUAUAUCCUCUGUGACCUCCUCUGUGACCUUCUCUGGAAUAUCCUCUGUGACCUCCGUAUACAUUGGUUGCCCACUUUCUGCUUUGCAAUUUCCCAUUUCUUGCACUUUUCCUUGUAAUGGAAAACACAGCAGGCUAAUGCAGAUGGAACCAAAAGCUGCUGUAAAAUGAAUUGAGCCACUGUUUAUUAUUAGAUCAUGCAGAUUUUUCUUCCAUUUCUACCUGAGGAUCUGGUUGAAUUGGUCAGAUUUGCGUUUGCUCCAUCAGAAGAGAGGUUGUGAUUUAUGAAAUGCUAAUCCACGGGGUUUUGAAAUCCUGCUUGUGUGGUGAGGAACCUAUGGCCCUCCAGAUAUUGCUAGACCACCCCUCCUGCCAGCCCCAGCCAGCUUGGCCAAUGGCCAGGGGUCAUGGAAACUGUAAUCCAACAACAUCUGGGAGAUGCUGUGGUUAUCCUACAUGGAGACAAUGAUUUGUCAUUCCUGCUUUGAACCAUUCAUCAUUAACUAAUACACUGAACUGGAACUACAAUAUUCUAUUUUAUGCAAAAAGUAAGGUAGUCAUGGGACACGGGUGGCGCUGUGGGUUAAACCACAGAGCCUAGGACUUGCUGAUCAGAAGGUCGGCGGUUCAAAUCCCCGGGUGAGCUCCCGUUGUCCGGUCCUUGCUCCUGCGAACCUAGCAGUCUGAAAGCACGUCAAAAUGCAAGUAGUUAAAUAGGUACCGCUCCGGCAGGAAGGUAAACGGUGUUUCCAUGCGCUGCUCUGGUUCACCAGAAGCUGCUUAGUCAUGCUGGCCACAUGACCCAGAAGCUGUACGCCGGCUCCCUCGGCCAAUAAAGCGAGAUGAGCGCCGCAACCUCAGAGUCGUCCGCGACUGGACCUAAUGGUCAGGGGUCCCUUUACCUUUACCUAAAGGUAGUCAUGCUGGUCCAUAGAAAACAAUCCAAAUCCCAUAUUAGGACAGUAUCUGUUGGGCCAACAAAAUGUCACAAAAAAGAAAAAGAGCCAAAGGGGGAGAAGAGGAAAGAAGAAAUACAGGUGGUCAAACACAUGUUUCUCCUUCCCAAGAAGCCUUGACGCAGCAGCCUCUCACCUGCAUAGCAUCUAAAGGAGCCUCAUUUUGAAUGUUUGUUACCUCCUCUUGGCAGACUCUGAUGGGUUGGCCAUCAUCCAUUCUUUCCCCUCUCUUCUUGCCCCGUGUGUGUGUGUGUGUGUGUGUUUUAACAUGUAGCCUGAUGAAGAUUUCUGGAGAACUUGAAAUCUUUCACACUGUUUUGUGGCAUUUUGGUUGACCUAUAAAGUGCUGCUUUAAUUUGAAUUUGGGGAUUGCAUUUUAUGUUCAUUCAAACUGACGUUUGCUUCUGGAUGCAUCCAAGUGGCAGACGAUGACAUGUGCAGGCAAGCUCCAGAGAUGACUCCUGCUGUGUGCAUGUUGGUUAUCUUUGGUGGUCAUCCCAUAGUAGUGCAGACAAGCAGGGCUUCCUUGUGGGAGGAGGAAGCCAUUGGCACUUAGCGUUUGCAUCGGCCUUGGGUGCCAAUUGCUGUGUUCACUGGCAGAAGAGGACACAAGCCGCUGGAGGGUGUGUUGUUUGUGGAACUGAACCUGCAUCUGUUGGUUUCAGCACCACCAUGUGGCUGCCCCUUCAUAGACCCAACUUAGACUUAUUUAUACUCAAAGCUUGCUUUCUGCACUGGUGGGUUUGCAAAACUUGUCUUCCGUAUGAGCUGUUUUUCUCCAUCUUUAUCAUUCUUUCUAUUUCCAGUUCCUGUAAUAACAAAGAUAAGCUGAAAUGGAAUGGUGCCAGCCCAUCAUUUUGUCGUUUUGUGUGUGCACCGUUUCUGUGUCCCAGCAAGCCAAAUAAGCAACUCAGAUAUUUGUUGCAUAGGGAUAGUUCAUGCUUCGUAAUCCUAAUGAGCAGUCUGAGGCAGAAGCACAACAGUUUCAUUGUAAGCUUUGGCAGGUUAGAAGCCUCUCUGGUAGUAUCAACGCAUUGUGCCGUCUUGUGGCCUUUGGGUCUUCAGCUGGAGAAAAUGUGAGACUUGGAUUUCACAGGGUUAUUUUUAAACAAGUAAAGAUUUUGUAAGAAAGUGAGAGAGACUUCACCAUUGGUUUUGCCUGCGUUUUGAGUAUGUUCUUAACAUUUAUACAGUGGUACCUCAGGUUACAUACACUUCAGGUUACAUACGCUUCAGGUUACAGUCUCCGCUAACCCAGAAAUGGUGCUUCAGGUUAAGAACUUUGCUUCAGGAUGAGAACAGAAAUUGUGCUCCGGCAGCGCAGCAGCAGCAGGAGGCCCCAUUAGCUAAAGUGGUGCUUCAGGUUAAGAACAGUUUCAGGUUAAGUACGGACCUCGGGAACGAAUUAAGUACUUAACCUGAGGUACCACUGUACUGGCAGGGAUGAAAUCUUCUUACUCCUGCCCUUAAGGAAAGUAACUUACAUUGAUGUACAGUACAGUGGUACUUCUGGUUACGAACGGGAUCCGUUCCAGAGGCCUGGCCGUAUCCCGAAAAUUUCAUAACCAGAGGACUGCUUCUGCGCACGCGUGCAGCGCCACAGAGCACUUCUGUGCAUGCGCGAGUGGCAAACCCGCUUCCAGGGUUGCCACAUUUGCAACCCGAAGAUUACGUUACACGAGGGUUCACUGUCUUAGGCAUUUGUAGCUACCAGAGAGUAAUGAGACAUGUAUUUUAUUAGCAAAGAAACAAAGUCAGAAAGCCCUUACUCCAUUCGUUUUCAGAAAGCCAAUGAAAGCCAUGAUACUAUCUACGUGUCUCGUUACGAGGUCAGAACGAGAUUUGGACAAUUUGCAGGAGAGGUACCAAACUGAAAUGUAGAAAAUGUGGGUUUGCAGGAAAAUCGUGUUUUUUUGCAGAUUUUCUCCCUGAACCAGAUGAACAUGACAAAGGAGAAUGGCCUGAUGUAAAUAAAGGCUCCUGGAACCUCCUUAGCUAUUAAUUCUGAGGUUUGGAUGGCCAUCUGUCAUGGAUGCUUUAGUUAAGAUGCAUACAUCGCAGGGGGUUGGAAUAGAUGACCGUUGGGGUCCCUUCCAACUCUGUGGUUCUGUGAUUCUAAGAUUCUAUGGAGUGUAUCGAGUUUCACCUGAUUUUAGCCAUACUGCUCCAUUUUCCCAGGUUUGGGACAGAGCUAGAUGUUGUACAAACUUUUGCUAAAUCUUUCAGAAAGUGGUGCCAACUGCAACACCACAUGGUGAAUUUGCACUCCUGGUGAUCUCCACAGCAACAUUUGUUUACCCCAAUGGGGGUUUUGUUUUGUUUUUUAAAUCCCAGGUAUGUUAUAAUUUCUUAUCCAUUGAAGACAACAGAGAUCAGAUUCAAUCAGAUUUGAGUUAAAUAUUUGUCCAGACGUCAUAGGGCUGUGCAGUGAUGACUCCUGUCACUUGGCGCCUCUGUAUAUUCUGCUCUUUUGCACUGAGUAGUGACUGUAAAUGUCCAAGGCAUCAGCUUUUCAAUCCCACGAGUGGUCAGUUCUGUUUUUAAGACAAGAAUGUUGACUUAGAUGUGUUCUAAGAGCUGCUCUCCUUUCCUUUCUGGAUAUAAUUUCUGUGUUGGGAAAAGGAGGGACAUCCUUCAUGCACUGCCUGGUUGGAUGCCAGGCAUGCGUUUGACUUGCGUCUUGAAGUAUGUUUGACCGGGUGUUUGCUGCUUGAUUUGACUGUGGAAAAGCGGCCAAGGCCAGCGGGAGUGGGGAACCUUUUGCCCUUUCCUUUGCCCCUGAAAGUCCGUCAGGGACCAGGUACCAAGUGUUUGCCAGCCCUGCAGGAUGAUGCUACCAUGUGCUUUUGCUGUCUUUCACGCAGCAUCUCUCUCUCUGCCACCACAUCACUUCAGGCCUCGCGACACAAAGGCAAGAAUGGCGGCUUCUCCAAACCAGGCUUAGGCUGUGUUUUUCCCUUUUUUGUAUUUUGGAUUCUUAUAGCACUACCAGCUCCCUUUAAAUCUUUCUUAGCUGUGUGAUGUACAUCAGUAGCUAUUAUUAUUAUUAUUAGUUCAAUCUACAGUGGUACCUCGGGUUACAUACGCUUCAGGUUACAUACGCUUCAGGUUACAGACUCCGCUAACCCAGAAAUAGUGCUUCAGGUUAAGAACUUUGCUUCAGGAUAAGAACAGAAAUCUUUUUUUUUUAAAAUGAUAUUUAUUAAAGUUUCAAAAAAUACAGGAAAAUACAGAAUACAGAAAAAAAGUAUAAAGUUUUUAAGAUAUGACAAAAAAGUAAAGAAUAAAAAGAAACAUACAAAAUAAAACAGUUAAAAACACGUUAAUUUUCCAUAACCUAUCUUCCUUGCACUUAUUUCCCCGGACCUCCUCGUACCUCCCUUUUUUGUAUUCCAGUUCAAUUUGUUAGUUCAGCAAAUCCUUACCAUUAAGCUUUUACCCAUUUGUAAGCCUUUUUUCGUAUCUCUCAGGAUAAGAACAGAAAUCUUGCUCUGGCGGUGCGGCGGCAGCAGGAGGCCCCAUUAGCUAAAGUGGUGCUUCAGGUUAAGAACAGUUUCAGGUUAAGAAUGGACCUCCGGAACGAAUUAAGUACUUAACCCGAGGUACCACUGUAUAUACUGCCCUUUAACCAAGGAUCCCAGGACGGUGUACAACAUUAAAAACAUAAUUUACGUGGCAUAACAACAACAACAACAGAACAAUCACAGAAAAUUUCGUGAUAACAAUCCUUCCACAUUUAAAAUGACACAGACUGUUUAAUAGCCAAAGGCCUGGGUAAAGAGGAUUUUUCCACGUGGCACCUAAAGACAUGGCGAGAGCAUUCCACAAACAGGGAGCCACCACAGAAAAGGUCUGUUCUCGGGUUGCCGUCCUCUCAGGGAGGGAGGGACACUGAGAAGGGUCUCUGGUGAAAAGCGCCGGGUCUGGGUCGCUUUGCAUGCAGUUGAUCAACAACCAGCAGCACAAACACCUUGCCCCAAAAGGGAGUUUGGCAAUGGUUGGUAGUUGCAUAGAUUCUCAGAAUACUGUCGGGGGGGGGGGUUCUUAAGGAGCGGUCUUAUUGCUACCCCCUUCAAACAGGUAGGACGCUCCCCCUCUUGUAAAAGGACAUCGAUCACUGUUAGGGUUCCAAGGGGUUGCUCGAGAGCAAGCAGGCAAAUGCCUCCCUGGUCGGCUGUGAAGCCUUGCUUUUGAUGCCAAAAUAAACUUUAUCUGUCCAGAGCACCACUCUCCCAUGGCUGGCUCAUUCACUGGCAGAAUCUGAGAGUGGGCGGUCCUUAAAUCUUCCCCAGCAGAGUAGUUUCUUGACGCCCAGUCUGCGCCUCCCCUCCCGGCGCGGAAGCCUACUGCGCAAGGAGGGCGUGGGUAACGGAGGACCUCUCUCCUCCCCGCUUUGCCCAGGCAAGGUGUCCUGGCACCGCCUCGCUUCCUCUGAGCCCUGAAGCUCCUCUCCACUGGAGGCGUGGUUACUCUCCUCCGCUGAGGAGGAGCUGCUUCCCACAAUCUUUGGGGGCUCUCUGUAAUCCAUCCGGCUUUUCCCCUCUCGCCCCUGAGCCGAUGGCAGUUCCCUGACAACCACCGCCUUUGCCCAGGCAGCCGUCGUCUCUCUGCUGAAUUUUAUCAGCCAAGAGGGGCAAGGCUCCACUGCGUCACCUUCCAAGACCCCUGGCUUAACCCGCCUUCCAUUGCUCGGCAGCCUUUCAGUCAGGGCUCCAAUUUCGGAGCUCCCGGCCCCUUCUUUAAAUCAGAGUUUGCUUCGAAACAUGAGCUUUACAUCUGGAUGACACUUGCACCUGAGAAAAGUGCAUUUGCUGUUGUGUUGCUUACGGCUGAUGAAUGCAUGUAAAUUUCAAGUUCUUCCUCUUGGUCGUCAGUUCCUGGCUGAAGUUAGUUGGGCCUCAAAAACUGGUCCCUCCCUGGGCCUUGGGAAAUAGUUGUAUGAUAGUGAUAAUGGAGGGGAGUUCUGUGGUCUUCAGCUGUGUGUGCUGCCCUCACGUGGGGUGUUAGUUUUUCAAAGACUUCCAGUACAUUGAAACUUGAAAGAGGCGCCAACGGAGGGCUCUUCCUUGGGAGAAUUAAGCAGCAAUAUCUCACCGUUGUUUGCUGAGCUCAUUAAUCCAGUACACAAUGAAUAACCCACACGCUGCAUGCUAUUUGAAGAGGUUAGCUGAAUGGAAAGACAGUAUCUUUGCAUAUCAAAAAAUAGGCUUUGAUCAGGCUUCAUAGGUGGUUUGAAGAAUGUGCAUGGAUCUGUGGCUGUUACAUGCAGCAUAUAGAGAUUUCUUUGUACAAUUUUCUUUUCUUUUCUUUACAACUACAUUAUUUCUUCUAGGUACCAGCAGUGUUUUUAUGGAGUCAAUCUGUCCAGUCUCCGCAAUGCAGCUGUAGAUGAAUACUUUAGGCAACCUAUUGUAGUAAGUCGUUUUUUAUUUUCUUGCUUUUUACUUUGCCUUACUCCCACACCAUGUUCCUCCACCUUCAGGAGCUCAGGGGCUGGGGGGGGUGUGCAUCUGGCCCCUUCAUUACAUAGCAUCUGGUGAAUGUGGAAGGGACACCUCUUUGCCCAGGAAUUUGACACUAGGGGCGUAUAUUUGUAGAACCCACCUUACUUCUGUAAUUGUAAGUUGUUUUAAAUUGUUUGUGUGUUGUAAUGUUGUAUUUUACUCUGCCCUGGGGCCUGGGGUGACACGUGGGUUAAUGUCAAUAAUAAUAAUAAUAAUAAUAAUAAUAAUAAUAAUAAUUUAUUUAUUUAUUUAUUUAUACAUACAUGCAUACAUACCCUGCCCAUCUGGCUGGGUUUCCCCAGCCACUCUGGGUGGUUUCCAACAGGAGAUUAAAAAUACAUUAAAACAUCAGUCAUUAAAAACUUCCCUAAACAGGGCUGCCUUCAGAUAUCUUCGAAACGUCAGAUAGUUUAUUUCUUUGACAUCUGAUGGGAGGGCGUUCCACAAGGCAGGUGCCACCACUGAGGAGGCCCUCUGCCUGGUUCCCUGCAACCUCACUUCUCACAAUGAGGGAACCGCCAGAAGGCCCUCAGUGCUGGACCUCAGUGUCCGGGCAGAAUGAUGGGGGUGGAGACGCUUCUUCAGGUCUACUGGGCCAAGGCCAUUUAGGGCUUUCAAGGUCAGCACCAACACUUUGAAUGGUGCUCGGAAACGUACUGGGAGCCAAUGAAGGUCUUUCAAGAGUCAAGGAGCUGUCAGGUGAGUCCAGGCUGACCACAGGGCAAUUAGCUUUUUCUUAACAGAAACUACCAGCGCAGCGGAGUUACUUAGGCUCAACUCGUUCAGCUUGAGGUAUGGCUGAACCUCACUUCCAGUCGAUCUUACUCCAGAUCCCUCCCCAGCAAACAAAGGCUGCAUCGAAGGGCAAGCUCCUCCUCUGGACUUGUCUUGCCCGCUGUUCAGUAACGUGCAGGACUCUCCUCGACUGGGACUGUCCUGCUGCAGGAUAGCAGGGCAACCUCUGGCUUCUCUCUGCCUGAGUCUGCGCUCACAGUGUGACUUUCAACCUCUAGCCCUGUCCUGGAAGGCUCUCCCUCUCUUGACACGCAUCUUUUAGCACCUCCCCAAGAGCCAGUAUGGUGUAGUGGUUAAGAGCGGUUGUCUCGUAAUCUGGUGAACCGGGUGCGCUUCCCCGCUCCUCCACAUGCAGCUGCUGGGUGACCUUGGGCCAGUCACAUUUCUCUGAAGUCUCUCAGCCUCACUCACCUCACAGAGUGUUUGUUGUGGGGGAGGAAGGGAAAAGGAGAAUGUUAGCCACUUUGAGACUCCUUAGGGUAGUGAUAAAGCGGGAUAUCAAACCCAAACUCCUCCUCUUCUUCUUCUCCCUUCCCCAGACUGCUCUUCAGUGUCCCACCACCACAUCCCGGGGUCUAAGUCUUCUUCUUCUGUGUCCUCCCUGGGGGGCUCUUGGGUGGGAGAUAGCCACCAUUCUUCCUCAUCCAGCCAGUCCCUCGCAGCUCAUAAUAAUAGCAAUAGCAGGAGCAAUAAUGUUAUAGAACAGAGGUGGUAUCCAUGUGGGACAGAGCUGCAUGUCACAUGUGUUUGUUCUUGCUUUGCUUUCCCUUAAGGUCAACAUCAGCGAAUGGGUCACACCUUGUAAUUCUCAGGGGUCAGCAAACUUUUUCAGCAGGGGGCCGUUCCACUGUCCCUCAGACCUUGUGGGGGGCCGGACUAUAUUUUUUAAAAAGGAAUAAUGAACGAAUUCCUAUGCCCCACAAAUAACCCAGAGAUGCAUUUUAAAGAAAAGCACACAUUCUACUCAUGUAAAAACACGCUGAUUCCCAGACCAUCCGCAGGCUGGAUUUAGAAGGCGAUUGGGCCGCAUCCAGCCCCCGGGCCUUGGUUUGCCUACCCAUGAAUUAGCUGGUAAUUCUUUUGAUCACAGUCAUUUUUUCUGAGAGCAUCUGAGCAAACGGAAAUGUAAAAGUCUGUUUGGAGUUGUUCUGAGGCAAAUAUUAUUCCAUUGACCGGUGCAUAACCGUGAACAGGUUUUGUGGGUUGCUUGUAAGUGCAAGGAAGGAAAUUUAAAUUCACGGCUUCCCAGCUUUAACUGGGCAGCCAGUGGGAUGCCUUCCUGUGUUGCCGGACUCCACUCCCAUCAACCCUAGUUAGCAGGACCAGGAGUCAGGGAUGAUGGGAGCCCCGACAGCAGCUGGAGGGCACCAUGUUGGCUCUCCCUGAUAGAAUCGGUACUGCAUUACUCAGUGCUUUUUUCCCUUUAAAAUGUUUAGGGGUACUCUCAUUUUGACACAAGAAAAUCACCAUUUCAUAGUUCAAAUCGGGGGAAAUAAAUACAGUAAAUGGACAAAAGUACAAAGAUUCACAAAAUGUUUAGGGGUAUGCGUCCCCCCAGAAAAAAAAGCACUGGCUUUACUAAAACAUUAACUGGGGGGGGGGGUAUGAAGGUCAGAAAUGCCUCUUGAUAUAGAAAUCCCUCAGGGUUCCAGAUAUAAGCAAUGUGUAUGAGGUGCAUAUUUCUUUUAACAGAGAGAGGAACAACUAAAAUAGCAUAUCAAAGGGACCAAGAGAAGGUAUAUUAUUGUGGGAGGAGGAAUUUUCUGUUUUGUAAACCUGCAGGACUAGAGGAGAGCAGGGGUCUGAUUCUCUCUUUUUCUCCUCUUCAACCCUCAGGAUACAUUUGACAUAAGAAUUUUAAUGGCCCGGACAGUGAAGUACACGGUCAAUUUUACAGACGCAGAAGAGGAAGAUUUGCAUAGGUAAGUGUCUGGAAAGAGUCCUGCUUUUCCAUGUCAAAUAAUUGUUUCUUUCUACACUUUUCUGCUUACGAGCAAGUGAGGGACUUCACAGCGUGUGUGUGGAUCCCAUUCAGGGUAUUUUAAGCCUCUAAUCCUUAAUGGCAUUUUAGCCUUGCAAAUUGCUGCAGUCGACUUAAGCACAGUAUUUAGGGUAAAAUAUAUCUUGGUGUGAAGUUUUUGUUGUUUUAAGAGUAAUGACAUCUGUCAAGAUAACCCUAGUAAAUAAAAUGAAAUACAGUCAUACCUCGGGUUGCAGACACUUCAGGUUGCGUGUUUUUGGGUUACUUCCGGGUUUCGGCGCUCGCGCAUGCGCAAAACCAUUAAAUUGCGCUAUGCGCAUGUGCAGAAGCCCCGAAUCGCGACCUGCGCAGACGUGGCGCUGCGGGUUGCGAACGUGCCUCCUGCACAGAUCACGUUCACUGUACAAGGUACAGUGGUACCUCGGGUUACAUACGCUUCAGGUUACAUACGCUUCAGGUUACAGACUCUGCUAACCCAGAAAUAGUGCUUCAGGUUAAGAACUUUGCUUCAGGAUGAGAACAGAAAUUGUGCUCCGGCGGCGCGGCAGCAGCAGCAGGCCCCAUUAGCUAAAGUGGUGCUUCAGGUUAAGAACAGUUUCAGGUUAAGUACGGACCUCCGGAACGAAUUAAGUACCUAACCCGAGGUACCACUGUAUAAUAAUUGAGUACAUAGGUAGAUUUUGUUAUAAUAAAUUAUCUUGGAUAAAAAUCCAUUCUAUUUUAUUUCUGGUAAACGUUUUGUGCUUAGCGGACCAGUGUCUAAAUGAAUGGUGAUAUUUGUAAUUUUUAACCAUGGAUUUCAAAUGCCACACUGGCAAUUUUCUUCUUCUACAGAGUGGAAAUCCCCUUUGUUUUCCAAAUGAUGCAGUCUGGGCUAAUCCAUGGUUUGGCUUUCUGGUUUGAUGUGGCAUUUGUCGGCUCACUGUACGUAUUCUUCUUCCUCGCUCCCAAAAGUUACCUUGGAACUUCACUUUAAAGGGAAAUGACCCCUUUAAUUUUGCCAAAUUCAGAACCUUGCUCAAGUUCUUCUCUUGCCUGUUACAUGGAGGAACAAGUUCAUUUUAUACAUCUUUGUUGUAGAGAUAGUCAGAUUCUCAUGAAGGGAUCUCACCGUGUUAUUUUUGCAGGAGGGCCCAUCAGGAGAAAACAGACUUUGCAUGAAAAAGCCACUCAUGUGUUGGGUUUUUGCCACUUGAAUGUGUGAACGUGAUGUGGUAACUCAUCAUAGGUAAAGGAACCCCUGACCAUUAGGUCCAGUCAUGGCCGACUCUGGGGUUGCAGCGCUCAUCUCGCUUUAUUGGCCGAGGGAGCCGGUGUACAGCUUCUGGGUCAUGUGGCCAGCAUGACUAAGCCGCUUGUGGCGAACCAGAGCAGCGCACGGAAACGCCGUUUACCUCCCCUAUUUAUCUACUUGCACUUUGACGUGCUUUCGAACUGCUAGGUUGGCAGGAGCAGGGACCGAGCAACGGAAGCUCACCCCAUCACGGGGAUUCGAACCUCCGACCUUCUGAUCGGCAAGUCCUAGGCUCUGUGGUUUAACCCACAGCGCCACCCGCGUCCCAUAACUCAUCAUAUAGCACCUCAAAAACAAACCAGUAAUAAAAGGCCAUCUCCAGCUUCACCACACAGAUGAGCAGCCUGGGUGAUGGUUUUUUCAACCCUGCCCAUAUCAUGUAGUCAGAAUUGCAGUACAUAAGACUGGCCUUUGGGGGUUUUAAAUUACAUCCUGCCUUUCAUGCAUAGGCUCUCAGUGUGGCCACCAAUUAAAAUAAUUAAAACAAUGUGUCAAAAAUGGGGGGCGGUGCAGUUUAAAUUAAAACAGCAGAAGCAACAAAGCACAUGAACAUCCAUGGGGCUGAAUAAAACCAGAUUCAGCUGAAGUUUGCAGAAGCCUGGGAGGUUAAAAUUGGCUUGAAUCCUUAAACUUUUUGCUUUGUGCACAGAAGAGAGUUGUGCUCCUAAAAGGGUUUUUUCCACAGCCUUCUCUGAGUGCAUCUCUCCAUCCAUGAAGGGAAGCUGCUGUGUUCAUGGACCAAGAAUUUGGGAUGUGAGCACCUUUGUCUUGGUCUUCUCUGAAGCUGUUUUGCAGAUGUACUAGGUCUGCCUUCUUGAUGCAAAUUUAAUAAAUGAGUAAAAUACCUAUGGCCUUUUAAAUGGGCUUGUGGGAGGUAGGGGCGAUUGGUUUAUUUCUGUUUCCGUUUUAUUAUGUACUUUGUGUUCUCAUUUUGUGCUUUCGUGUUGCAAACGGCCCUGUGAUCUUCAGAUAGAAAUUCAAUGCAUGAAUAAAUGUUUGCGUAUUUACUGGGUUUUUUCUUUCAAGGGUGACUGUUUGGCUCUCGACUGCCCCCACGGAGCCUCUGACUCACUGGUAUCAAGUCCGCUGCCUUCUCCAAACUCCUCUCUUUGCCAAAGAAGGGGAAACUCUUUCAGGGAAAGUCCUGUUCGUGGCAAAUAAACGGUAAGUAGCAAAGCACAGGCAAACCGCUUUGCUGGCAAAAGAGUUUCCGAAGCGCUGUGUGGGAGAAGAUUACUAAAAAUUAAUUAUGUGAAACAUCUGCAGAUUUGUGUUAAUGAACAGAAGCCGCAAUAGAAAAUAUGCUUUGCAUCUCAAACCGCAGUGCCGAAAAUCCAUUUGUAUGUUCAAGUAUCACAAAGACAACAUAAAAAAAUGGUCAGUCUUAGCAGUUGUGCCAAGUGAAUUUCCUUCAGAGAUCUGAUGUUUUGCUGCUAUUAGCAAGGUACUUGCUCCUAAAUUUAGCACAGCAAUAUUGAUUUGUGCUGUAGGGGAUAUAAUGAGAAAGAGCAAGAUUUCCUUUUCUUUGAAGCAGCUUCAAUGUAAUGAUUUUAAAUAGGCAAUAAACACUCAUCAGAGUAACAUACACAUCUGCCCAGUCUCAGUCUUGCUGGGCAAAGAGGUGAAUGUAUAUGAAAUGCUCUGUGACCUCCUAUUUUUCAGCUGAUGAUAAAUCCUUGGUGGCUUUUAGCAUUUGUUGUUGGUACUUGAGAGCCGGAUUAAAGCAGGGAGGUCAAUUUCUAAUCCCUCUUUUAAGACUGCUGCUCUGUUUACAGGUCACCAGCCUAAACAUGUGUACUAGGUGGAUGUUGGAAAAGAGGACUCUCAGGGUUCCUGUGGUAUUUCCUCUGCAGAAUGACACACCUGGGCAAAAUUUAACUGUCUAGAAAUGAGAUGAGAAGCUGGAGUUAAUGUAGAUUAAAAGAGAGGGGGCAGGGGAAUCUUAGAGCAAUCAGCAUGCCUCCCUCUCAGGCUUGAGUGUCCGCUAUCGGAAUUCCUUGCGUCAGGAGUUCUUUCUAUAUUCCUUUUAUAUAUAUAUAAUUUUUAUUAGUUUUUUAACAUAUCACUUACAACAAUUAUUAAACAUACUUUUAUAUCUUAUACAAAUUUUUUUUACUUCCAUCAAUCACAUCUGAAAAUUUUCCAAUCUUUUCAAUUAAUUUACAUUUCUUUCUUUCACUAUUACAUUUAAAUCACAUAACUAAUAUCUCUCUUCUUUCUCUUCUUUGCAAUAUUUCAUAUAUUUCUCCUUACAAAACUUAUUGUAGUCCUACUAACGUAAUUUGUUGAUUACAGUUGCUCUUCAAAUAAUUCAUAUACGGUACUUCUUCCAAUCGUCUGUAAAUCUCUGGUCCUGCAGGUUUCGAAUCCUUCCUGUCAUUUUGUCCAAUUCUGCAUAGUCCAUUAAUUUUGUCUGCCAUUCUUCUUUUGUCGGUGUUUCUUUUUGCUUCCAUUUCUGGGCCAACAAUACUCUUGCCGCUGUUGUUGCAUAUAAAAACAAUUUAACAUCCUGUCUAUUAAUAUCCUCAUUUAUAAUACCAAGUAAAAAUGCUUCUGGUUUUUUAAAAAAAUGUAUAUUUCAACAUCUUUUUCAUCCCAUUAUAUAUCAUUUCCCAGAAUUUCUUUUACUUUCUUAUUCCAUCCAACUAUUCUUCACAGUCUGCAGGCACUUUAAUUAUUCCUCAUGGGAUAAUCUUGGUUACUUCCUGUCACCUUCAACAUGGCAAAGUCACCAGGAAGAAGCUUGGCCAAUUGGGCUGUGGCGGAAAAGGUGUCCUCAGCCCAGUCACUGAAUUACCUACAGAAAUGCACUGCACAUAAUAAUAUUCACCUGCUGGGUCUUGUUUAAGACUGAAUAGUCAAAUUUAAUAAUUUUUGUUAGAAUCAUAGAAUUGCAGAGUUGGAAGUAACUACAAGGGUCAUCUAGUUUAACCCCCUGUGAUGCAGGAAUCUGAGCUGAAGCAUCCAUGACAGAGGGCCACCUAACCUCUGUUUAAAGGCCUCCAAGGAAGGAAGUCUCUUCCACUGCCAAACAGCUCUUACUGUUAGAAAGUUCUUCUUGAUGUUGAGUCUGAGUCUUCUUUCUUGUACAACUUGAAGCUAUUGGUUUGAGUCCCACCCUCCAGAGCAGGAGGAAACAAGCUUGUUCCGUCUUCCAUGUGACAUCCCUUGAGAUAUCUCCUCUUUUCCAGGCUUAUUGUUGUUGUUUAGUCGUUUAGUCGUGUCCGACUCUUCGUGACCCCAUGGACCAGAGCACGUCAGGCACUUCUGUCUUCCACUGCCUCCCGCAGUUUGGUCAAACUCAUGUUGGUAGCUUCGAGAACACUGUCCAACCAUCUCGUCUUCUGUCAUCCCCUUCUCCUUGUGCCCUCCAUCUUUCCCAACAUCAGGAUCUUUUCCAGGGAGUCUUCUCUUCUCAUGAAGUGGCCAAAGUAUUGGAGUCUCAGCUUCAGGAUCUGUCCUUCCAGUGAGCACUCAGGGCUGAUUUCCUUAAGAAUGGAGAGGUUUGAUCUUCUUGCAGUCCAUGGGACUCUCAAGAGUCUCCUCCAGCACCAGAAUUCAAAAGCAUCAUCUUCCUUCCACUCUUCCUCAUAAGGCUUUCUAAAGCCCAACCCUUCCCACCAUGGCAUUGUGAUGUGUAGACUCUAGCAGCUUCUCCUUGCAGGUCCAAUGCCCCAAGUGGAAGGAAAUUUCCCACAGAACCCAGAAAAGGUCAUGGGUUGAGCCUAGAGCAGAUAAAGGACACAUGCAAAAUGCCAAGCCAGAAGGAGCAAUUGAGAAUACAAAACUGCUCCCUGAUAGGUCUCCUCCUGCUUCUUCAUGGGGCUUUGGGGAGCUUGCGACUCAGAAAGGUAGGAUACAGCUGGGUCUUAUUGCCAUGGCAACCCUUGCGCAUGCAACAUAGCUAGUUUGCAUGUGUGCGCAUCUCAGUCAAUUUCCCCGCCCCUUUGUGCCCAGAAUGGGCACCGCCGGCCACUUACAAUACAGUAUGAAACGGCGCUAUCAUCUUCUUAGAAAUGUCCGUCUGCAAUGGGAAGCAAAGCAUCCUUGCCUUUUUAUUUUCACAAGCUUCUCCAGAAGUGCCCAAAUCAGAGGCGCCAGUGAUGCCAUCAAAAUACUUCAUUUGUAUCGACAGCAAGUGCCCCACACGUGACUUUUCCGUUUUCUGGUUAAUAGCUUUCCCAUAAAGAAGCCCUCUCGCUCGUAUUACAAUACCUGCUCUUCAAAGGUGAAGUGUAUCAAUUACUUGCAGAGUUGAGAGAAGCGACAGCAGCGUUUUCCAUCGCACCGUGCCACAAUUGCUAUUGUAAUCCCACUUGUUUACAACACCGUCUCUAUAGCAAUGAAAUGCAGUUGCCAAAGCCUUCAUUAAAGGCCAGGCAUCUUGGCUGCCUCGCUGCUGCCUGCAAACCUGAUCCAGAGGAAACGAGCACAUGGACUCCGCAGAUUAAGAGAAAAACUAGCAGGCCUUUUGGCCUAUGUUUCAUCCAAAACAAAAUACAAGAAAACAAAAUUUCACGGAUCCUUGAUAGGGUUGUCGUUUCUGCAACAUCUCAGUCUGAGGCUCAGAGGCAGGGCCUGGUUUCCAAUUCUUGAAAGACCAAAACAUAAUAAUGGGAGAGAGAGACAGUAAAAACGCAGAGCCCAACAGUGUGAUGGUCCAGAAAAAUGGAGGGUGGGGUGGGGUGGGGUCAGGACUAAAAAAUCCAUGUUCCACUUUUUAUUUUCCACUGUAAAGGGACAGCCAAUUACCACAAAACUCCUAGAAUCAAUUCAAAGGUAGUAAAAUGAAUGAUGAUAGCAUUGUGAAUACAGUGGUACCUCGGGUUACAUAUGCUUCAGGUUACAGACUCCGCUAACCCAGAAAUAGUGCUUCAGGUUAAGAACUUUGCUUCAGGAUAAGAACAGAAAUCGGGCUCCGGCGUCGUGGCAGAAGCAGGAGGCCCCAUUAGCUAAAGUGGUGCUUCAGGUUAAGAACAGUUUCAGGUUAAGAACGGACCUCCGGAACGAAUUAAAUAAUUAACCAGAGGUACCACUGUAUGCUUGUCAUGCUACAGUUUGAACACCAAGGAUGAUGAGGUGCCCCACUUCACACACACACCCUGUUGUUGUUAUUAUUAUUGCUGUAGGGCAACAAAAAAACCCCACACACUUUUAUUGCAAGCCCCCAUUGCUAAACUGUGUGGUCGUCCCCCCCGCAAAAACCCCCAAAUGGUUUGUUGAGCACUCAUCCUAAUUUGUUUAUGGGGAGGUUAGACAAUUUGACAUCACACAGUUGUUUUUUUCUUGUCCCUUUCCUUGGAGGAUGGAUGGCGGCUAACAGAUUGAGGUUGAAUCCUGACAAGACAGAAGUACUGUUCUUGGGGGACAGGAGGUGGGCUGCUGUGGAGGACUCCCUGGUCCUGAAUGGGGUAACUGUGCCCCUGAAGGACCAGGUGCACAGCCUGGGAGUCGUUUUGGACUCAUAGUUGUCCAUGGAGGCACAGGUCAAUUCUGUGUCCAAGGCAGCUGUUUACCAGCUCCAUCUGGUAUGCAGGAUGAGACCCUCCCUGCCCGCAGACUGUCUUGCCAGAGUGGUGCAUGUUCUAGUUAUCUCCCGCUUGGACUACUGCAAUGCGCUCUACGUGGGGCUACCUUUGAAGGUGACCCGGAAACUACAACUAAUCCAGAAUGCGGCAGCUAGACUGGUGACUGGGAGUGGCUGCUAAGACCAUAUAACACCGUUCCUGAAAGACCUACAUUGGCUCCCAGUACCUUUCCGGGCACAAUUCAAAGUGUUGGUGCUGACCUUGAAAGCCCUAAAUGGCCUUGGUCCAGUAUACCUGAAGGAGCGUCUCCACCCCCAUCGUUCAGCCCUGAUACUGAGAUCCAGCUCCGAGGGCCUUCUGGCGGUUCCCUUGCUACAAGAAGUGAGGUUACAGGGAACCAGGCAGAGGGCCUUUUCAGUAGUGGCACCCACCCUGUGGAACGCCCUCCCAUCAGAUGUCAAAGAGAACAACUACCACCAGACACCUGAAGGCAGCCCUGUUUAGGGAAGCUUUUAAUGUUUGAUGCAUUACUUUAUUUUAAAAUUGUGUUGGAAGCCGCCCAGAGUGGCUGGGGAAACCCAGCCAGAUGGGCGGAGUAUAAAUAAUAUAUUAUUAUUAUUAUUAUUAUUAUUAUUAUUAUUAUUAUUAAUUAUCUGAGGAAGUCCUAUUUGUGGGGAAGAGGGUACAUUGUGCAAGUGUAUCAAAUCAGCUUUAAUUGGGCUGGAUUUGCUGGUUUGUGACUGAAACCUACUAGUUGGAGUCUAGCAGUGCUCAGUGUCAUCUCUUUUAAAUACUUUUUCAUCGGGUAAAGCUUUGAUUCACCUAUGUUCAGCUGAUCAACUUACAAGUUAGUGCUUUCAAUUAUGCAUGAAAAGGCACAAGCAAAAGAGAGUAUUAGUAUUAUUUCAGAAACGUCGAAACUUGUUAUGGACAUGAUUUUAGAUUUUUAACAGAAUUUCUUUUUUAUGCAACAGGCAGAGUUACGACAUCCAGAUUGUUGCUGUAGUGGAUGAAACGGGCUUUAAGUCAGGCAAUGUCCUUGAUUUAAAGAAUCCAUUUUUUAGGUAAGAAAUGCUCUUGGAUAAGAUUUGUAAUCAUUACCAAACUGCAAAAUUGGAUAAUCCAUUACUUGUGAAUGUUUAGUCUUUAGCGUGAACCUUUGCCAUCUGUUGUAGUGAAUGCUACAUUCUAGCCUAUGUGUUCUGCAUCUCCCACAGCCCCCUCUCCCAAUUUGUUAUUUUGCUUCUGAGACUCGCAUUGCUAAAACUGGAGUUUUGCUGGUCUUGGUCUGAGGCAAGAAGUGUGUUUGAAAUAAGGCCAAAAUUGUAUGCAAAGAUCUUUGCAUAGAAAUGUUGGAAGCUGCCCAGAGUGGCUGGGGCAGCCCAGUCAGAUGGAUGGAGUACCAACAACAACCUGGUCAGAAUAAAAAACAUGAUUGAACUACAGUUCUUUUAAGUGGCUAUUGAUGACAUGGACAUGCCUAUCUGUCCUCUUUUGUAUAUAAAUAUAAAAUAUUUUUCCUUUUUUAAAAUCAUUUUUAUUGAAUGAUUUUAUGUUACAAAAAACAAUGCAGCCAUACUACCACUAAAUAUACUUAAGAAAUAAAAAUUACAUUCAUCGAUAUUUAGUUUGUUAUUUGUUAUUUUAUAUAAAUAUAAAAUAUUUAAUGUGCUGCAUUUACGAACAUGGUUAAAUAAGUGACGAAUAAUUCUCCACCAUUCCAUUGUGCCGCACAGUGUUCUGCAACUUAAAAAACAGCCACUUUCCCAUCAACAGAAAUUAAUGCAAUAAAAAUGGAUAGAAAGAGCUACAGUAUUCGGUACUCUUACAACUUUUAAAAAAAAUACUGCACAUGUCAUACAGCUCAUAUUCUUUAAAUAUUUUGUUUGUAGAUAUGCUUAGACUGCGAUAUGCACCUGCUGAAAGAAAAACCAGGAUUACCAAACCAAGUAGCCCACGAGAAGUUGAAAGUGAGAAUCCCGAACAGGUUCCUUCUUCUGUGAAACCUAACUGUACAUAUCAAAAGGAAAUAUUUUAUGCAAAUUGUAUAAAAAUAUGUUUGUGCUAUUUCACACACACCCUUCCCCCCCCCCAAGCUGGGCACCCCAAUCUUUAAACAUGCCUGCCUGGAAGUAUUUUUCAUUGCGUCCAACAGUAUUUUCUUGGUGAGCGCAUUUAUUUGGAAAUCCUCCCCACUUAAAUCAAUGGAAACUGGGCUGCAACUCGCACUCGCCUCUCCUGCCUGGCGAGGGGUCAGGGCUGCUGGGAGUUGCAGCCAGCAGCAUCUGAAGUGCCCCAUCUGGUCUCCUCCUGGCCUUCAGGAGGGGAAUGUUGGUCACAUCUUUGAAUGACGCUGUCCUUUGUUCCAGAGGUACCAAAAUACCGUAUUUUUCGCUCUAUAGGACGCACCGGACCAUAGGACGCACCCGACCAUAGGAGGGGGAGAACAGGGAAAAAAACAUUCUCCCCCUCUCUGCUCAGUGCCCCUUCAGCGAAGCGGCAGGAGAAAUGGAACCCUUUCCAUUUCUUCUCCCGCUUCGCUGAAGGGUGCUGCGCAGAGAGGGAAAACUGCGCAGCGCCUCUCCAGAGAAGCGAAGCCUGGAGAGCAAGAGGGAUCGGUGUGCGGAUAGCUGCCUGAAGCCCGGGGAGCGCAGCGGGAGUUGGCGCUGCGCUCCCCGGGCUUCAGGCUGCAAUCCGCAAGCCUUCGCAGCGGGGGAAACUCCCGCUGUGCUCCUAAGGCUUGCGGAUAGCUGCCUGAAGCCUGGAGAGUGAGAGGGGUCAGUUCGCACCUACCCCUCUCGCGCUCCAGGCUUCAGCGAAAGCAACGCGAAGCCUCCGGAGCGCAGAGGGAGCACUCCCUCUGUGCUUCGGAGGCUUCACAUUGCUAUCACUGAAGCCAAAGAGCCUGCAUUCACUCCAUAGGAUGCACACACAUUUCCCCUUCAUUUUUGGAGGGGAAAAAGUGCAUCCUAUAGAGCGAAAAAUACGGUAGUACUGGUAUCUGAGGUUUCCUUUUUUCAGUUUGUCUAAGGCUGAUGCUCCUUGUUUUUCUCCCCCCCCCCCCCAUCCUUCCCUCCCUUAAGGAAUAUUCUUAACCAAGCCUACCUCAUGUUUGUACACAUACAUAGGAUGUAUGGGAAUACUGCGGACAAUACACCAAGCUCAUACUCAAUGUUUCGGUAUUUGCAAGAGGUAUUUAAAGAUCUGGAGCUUAUUUUCAGCUGGCCAAUAAUGAACCUUUUCCGCCUCAGAGCAAUAUGGCGCUAGGCUCACCACCCAACCAACGUCUCCUCUAACCUGCAUUGUUUUCAAGCAAUCCUGAACGGUCUUGAGUCUGUCGGCCAGUGACCCUCUUUCGGCAAACCCAUUGAAGAAGGGCAACAGCAGGCGACUCUGCCGCCAAUCCUUCUGUAUGGUUCCUACUUUCUGUAGAUAGCACAGCAGCAAUUGUACAUUUAAUCUUUCCAAUAAAAUUUAAAUACGAAAUACAAU